UGACGGUGUUCCACGGCCUGGUCUCAGCCAUGUCAGUUGAGGCCAAGAUGGCGGCGCUCAUCCCUCGGUAACCCGCUGUGUGAUGGCUCCUCUCCCCGGUCUGCCCCAGUGAGCCCGCCCGGCCCGGACACCCUCCCAGCGGCCGAUACCGAGCCCCUCAGUGAGUCCCCCGGGGCCGGUCCGAUACCAAACCCGAGACGGGAUGUCAGUUAGAGGGAGGGGACAGGCCAAGCGUUACCAUGACAACCCCGGGAAGCGGCUCCAGCGCGCACUGACUGCUGGGUAACCAGGUACCAACUCUAUAACUAACUGUAUAACUAUUACUGUAUUACUGCUAACAUUACCACUGACUGCUGGGGUAUACAGGUACCAACUCUAUAACUAACUGUAUAACUAUUACUGUAUUACUGCUAACAUUACCACUGCUGCUGGGGAUACAGGUACCAACUCUAUAACUAACUGUAUAACUAUUACUGUAUUACUGCUAACAUUACCACUGACUGCUAACAUUACCACUGGCUGCUGGGGAUACAGGUACCAACUCUAUAACUAACUGUAUAACUAUUACUGUAUUACUGCUAACAUUACCACUGACUGCUGGGUAACCAGGUACCAACUCUCUAACUAACUGUAUAACUAUUACUGUAUUACUGCUAACAUUACCACUGACUGCCGGGGAUACAGGUACCAACUCUCUAACUGUAUAACUAUUACUGUAUUACUGCUAACAUUACCACUGACUGCUGGGUAUACAGGUACCAACUCUAUAACUAACUGUAUAACUAUUACUGUAUUACUGCUAACAUUACCACUGACUGCUGGGGAUACAGGUACCAACUCUGUAACUAACUGUAUAACUAUUACUGUAUUACUGCUAACAUUACCACUGACUGCUGGGUAUACAGGUACCAACUCUGUAACUAACUGUAUAACUAUUACUGUAUUACUGCUAACAUUACCACUGACUGCUGGGUAUACAGGUACCAACUCUAUAACUAACUGUAUAACUAUUACUGUAUUACUGCUAACAUUACCACUGACUGCUGGGUAUACAGGUACCAACUCUAUAACUAACUGUAUAACUAUUACUGUAUUACUGCUAACAUUACCACUGACUGCUGGGUAUACAGGUACCAACUCUAUAACUAACUGUAUAACUAUUACUGUAUUACUGCUAACAUUACCACUGACUGCUGGGGAUACAGGUACCAACUCUAUAACUAACUGUAUAACUAUUACUGUAUUACUGCUAACAUUACCACUGACUGCUGGGGAUACAGGUACCAACUCUAUAACUAACUGUAUAACUAUUACUGUAUUACUGCUAACAUUACCACUGACUGCUGGGUAUACAGGUACCAACUCUCUAACUAACUGUAUAACUAUUACUGUAUUACUGCUAACAUUACCACUGACUGCCGGGGAUACAGGUACCAACUCUCUAACUGUAUAACUAUUACUGUAUUACUGCUAACAUUACCACUGACUGCUGGGUAUACAGGUACCAACUCUAUAACUAACUGUAUAACUAUUACUGUAUUACUGCUAACAUUACCACUGACUGCUGGGGAUACAGGUACCAACUCUGUAACUAACUUUAUAACUAUUACUGUAUUACUGCUAACAUUACCACUGACUGCCGGGUAUACAGGUACCAACUCUAUAACUAACUGUAUAACUAUUACUGUAUUACUGCUAACAUUACCACUGACUGCCGGGUAUACAGGUACCAACUCUAUAACUAACUGUAUAACUAUUACUGUAUUACUGCUAACAUUACCACUGACUGCUGGGUAACCAGGUACCAACUCUAUAACUAACUGUAUAACUAUUACUGUAUUACUGCUAACAUUACCACUGACUGCUGGGUAUACAGGUACCAACUCUAUAACUAACUGUAUAACUAUUACUGUAUUACUGCUAACAUUACCACUGACUGCUGGGUAUACAGGUACCAACUCUAUAACUAACUGUAUAACUAUUACUGUAUUACUGCUAACAUUACCACUGACUGCUGGGUAUACAGGUACCAACUCUAUAACUAACUUUAUAACUAUUACUGUAUUACUGCUAACAUUACCACUGACUGCUGGGUAUACAGGUACCAACUCUAUAACUAACUGUAUAACUAAUACUAUAGUAACUAUAGGUACUAACUAGAACUGCCAGCAUUACUAGUACAGGUACCAACUAGAACGACCAGCAUUACUAGUACAGGUACCAACUAGAACUGCCAGCAUUACUAGUACAGGUACCAACUAGAACAACCAGUGUAAUGGACCGUUUUGCACACAAGGGGUAAAAACCGUUUAGGCGAUCGGCCCCCUUUCCAGAGAUACAGGCACAGCUACUGCAGAACACCAAAACUCACGAACUGGAUACAAAAUAGCACUCCAACUCCCGAACUGGAACCUCCCAAAUAGCUGCUAGCAGACUAACAGGAAAAGCAGACGAACAGCUUACACUCCUGGCAAUCAGUCUCUAACAGCAUACAGUGAAUCCCCCCAAGAACGAGACAAGGCUCCGUGUUGAGGGUCAAGCAGUGGUCUGAGGUGCUGGCACACCCAGCCUGGUUUUUAUUACAGUGUUUUCAAAUACAGGACCGCCCACAGGGAGGUAUAAAACAACCAAUCAUAUCACAGUUACAUCCCACAUAUUCCCUCCCCUUAUCCUGAGAGGAAACUCAAUUAUACAUACAGUUAAAACAUACCUUCUACCCAACUUUCAUAACUCCAAAACCAUACAUCACAUUCACAUAAAAUUACAUAUUCACAAUCAAUCCAUUCAGGGGAACAACAUAUUCAAAAAUGGCACAAAUCAGACAAGGGGUUCAAAAGUUAGUAAAAGUCCUUUGUGACUAAAUGAAGCAUGGCUUUCUGGCCCAAACCAGUUUCAGAGUCUUCUAUCCUGGAGAUAAGUAAUUCAAUUAUCUCCCAGGACAGACACAGACUCCAUUAAGCACAUGGUUGCAAAAAGACACAAAACACUUUAAAAUACAUAAAGUCACAUUUAUACAUAAAACACAGACAUUUCACAUAUCCCCAGAUAGCUCAGGUCUGAGCGCACAUUAUUAAGUGAAUGGCGCUCAGACCACACGAAUACAGUUUAAUCGCCAUGGAGCCAAAGUCUUUACAGUCAGUUUCAUACAAAUGGGCUCCAUGGGAUUCCUAUCUGGGGUAUAACACAUUCAAACAAAUCUACUGAACCCCAGGCAGAAAAGCACGAAUACAGCUUUUCUGCAGGCAAAAAUAAAGUCUUUUAAAAGGGGGCCAUAGUCCAAAGGCAGCAGGCGAGCAACCAGGCUUCUCCAAUGCAAUGUGGCGAGAUUGGUCUCGUCACACGGAUUUUAUCCCCUUGUGAGAGAAACGGUCCGUUACACAGACGAACAGGAAAAGCAGUCAAUCAGCUUACACUCCUGGCAAUCAGUCUCUAACAGCAUACAGUGAAUCCCCCCAAGAACGAGACAAGGCUCCGUGUUGAGGGUCAAGCAGUGGUCUGUUUAAUGAGGGCUACCUGCCCAGUAUUUAUGCAGGUCUCCCACCUGGUGGACACUCCCUAGGGGACCAAAUGGGAGACUGUGACAAAAGACAGACAAGUAGACAAAUAGGACACACAGUCACAAUAUAUUCCCACAAUGCAUCCUGGCUUCCUCCCCUCUGCCCUGGGAGAUAAUUGAGAAGUAACUCAAUUAUCUCCCAAGACAAAGGCAAAACUCCAUUACACAUGUGGGGACACAAAACCAGUAUUAUACUUUAAAAUACAUAAAGUAACAUUUACUACAUAAAACACAGACAUGUAAAGACUGAAUUUCUAUAUGAAAAUUUACAGUCUUUGUGAUAAAAAAGGAGGAUUUCCUCCUAUGAUUUUAAUAUUUUGUUUUGUGUGUUUGUGCAGAUAUGUUUAUGCAGCAAUAGGGAAGGGUAACGGUUAUCGAAUGGAAAGGGAUGCAGGGAGGUUUUUGAAGAUAAUAUGAUAAAAAUGUUUACACUUAAUGUUCAGGGAUUGAAUACUAUAGCGAAAAGAAAUCUAUUGUAUAAAUACCUCAGUGAAAAACAAUUGAAUUUAAUAUUCUUACAAGAAACUCACUGGAGACAAGUGGAUAAACAAAAUUGGGGGGGUAAAAGAUUUCCACUUAUAAUUCAAGCUUCCAAUAAGGAAAAAAAAAUGUGGAGUAGCUGUGGUAUUUGGAGAAAAGAUUAAAGUUGAAGUAAUCCAUCAAAUACAAGAUACUAAAGGCAGGUAUUUAAUAAUAAUAUGCAAAAUUGACUCUGUACUUUUUACAUUAUGUAAUAUAUAUCUUCCUAAUCAUUUACCAGUUGCUUACUUAAAAACAAUUUUGGAAAAAGUAGAUGAAGUUAAAGUGGGAAAGUUAAUAUUGGCAGGGGAUUUUAAUGCUGUACUAGACCCUCAUAUAGAUAAAAAAUUAAUGAAAGGAAAUACUUUAAAUCAGAUGGUUAUAAAACAAGCAAAAGCCUUAAAAAAAAUUAAAGAUGAAUAUAAUUUAUUCGAUAUUUGGAGAAUUUUUAAUCCCAAUGAGAGAGACUAUACGCAUUUUUCUAAAGUGCAUUUUUCCUAUUCAAGAUUGGACAUGAUUUGGGUCGACCCAAGUAUUAUUGAUAUGACUAAAAAAACAAAGAUUGACGAGAUAGUUUGGACAGACCACAAUGGAGUUUUUUGUGAAAUGAUUUUUAGUACAUUUAAAAGAGAAGCCUAUACUUGGCGGUUAAGAGAUAAUUUGCUUUGUUGUGAAUUAAAAAAACUCAUAUAAGAGAUAAUAUAAAAAAUUAUUUUAAAGAAAAUAUCUCAGAAAAUAUUGAUUCAUCUAUUUUGUGGUGUGCCUUUAAGGCCGUUAUAAGAGGUCAUAUUAUCAAGUUACAAAGCCAACUUGACAAAAAUAAUACUCUGGCAUUUUUACACACAGAAUUAAGAGAUUUGACUCAUAUCAAUAAACAAUCUCCAUCUCCUGAAAUUUAUGAAAAAAUAUUAGAACUUAAAGAAAAAAUAAAGCAAAAUUUAAUGGAUACGAUAGCUAAAAAUAUGGAUAGAUUAAAACUUAAAUAUUACUCCAAAGGCAAUCGAGCUGAAAAGAUGCUAUCCCAAAAACUUAGAAAACAAAAAGGACAAAAUAAGGUAGACAAAAUAAUACAGAAUGGAAAAAUAGCACUAACCCCUAGAGAGAUUGGAAAGUGUUUUAAUGAAUAUUAUGCCAAUCUAUAUAAUAUUCCUCAGAUUAACACAGAUGAGGAUAUUAAAAACUAUUUAAAUAAUAUAAAGAAGCCUCAUUUAACUUCUAUUGAAAAUGAUUUCUUAAAUAAACCUAUAACUAUGGAGGAGACUAUGAAAGCAAUAAAUGAUUUAGAAAGAUCUAAAACACCAGGCCCGGAUGGGUUUAGCAACCUAUUUUAUAAAACAUUUAAAGAUUUAAUAUGCCCACAUUUGACCUCUGCUUUCAACAUAGCGGCAAACAGAGGAUUUUUACCAGCAGAGAUGCUUAAAGCUAAUAUCUUGCCUAUUCUAAAAAACGAUAAAAACCCCACUGAUAUCAAAAACUAUCGUCCGAUAUCUUUAAUAGAUGUUGACACUAAGUUAUACGCUUCGGUUUUGGCUGCCAGAAUAAAAAAACUUCUUCCACUAAUCAUCCACAAAGAUCAAAUAGGAUAUGUUCCAGGUAGAAAUUCCUAUACAAGUAUAAGGAAAAUUAUUAAUAUCUUGGAUGACGCAAAUAGAUAUGAUGUUCCAGUUCUGACUCUGUCGAUUGAUGCUGAAAAAGCAUUCGACAGAGUCAGCUGGAAAUAUUUACAACAUUAUGGAUUGGAAGGUUGGAUUAAGAAAGCUAUAAUGGCACUAUACGUAAAUCCUGUUGCACGAACUAUUGGACCUAAUAUUGUCGCCCCAUGGUUCCAACUUAGAAAUGGUACCCGACAGGGUUGUCCCCUUUCACCAUUGCUCUACUUGCUGACUAUCGAGCCAUUGGCUGAGAAUAUUAGGAAUAAUAAAGAGAUCCAUGGUUAUAAAAUAAUGGAUGAGGACCAAAAAAUUAGCUUAUAUGCUGAUGACAUUUUAAUUACUCUUACAAACCCUAAAAAUUCUUUAGAACGCAUAAUGCAAGAAAUAGAGCGAUACAGCCUUAUAUCAAAUUAUAAGUUAAAUACAAAUAAAUCUUUGAUAUUAGAUGUUAACCUAAAUAAAAAGAUACAACAAGAGAUUAAAAACAAAUAUGAUUUUAUUUGGGUUAAAGAAAGUAUGGAUUACUUAGGAAUUAAAAUAACCAGAGAGACAAAUAAGAUCAUGGAAGUAAAUUUCCUAACAUUAUUAUUAGAUCUCAAUAAAUGGUUAAAAGAUCGCAGAAACCUAGAGAUUACUUUUUUGGGGCGAAUAAAUGUUAUCAAUUCAUAUGUUAUACCAAAGUGGAAUUAUAUGUUUCAAAUGUUACCUCUACAUAUUCCAAUCCAUUGGCUUCAAUUAAUACAAAGAAGUUUUACUCAAUACAUCUGGAAAGGCAAGAAGCCGAGAUUGAAACAGUCAAUAUUAGUGCAGAAAAUAUAUAAAGGUGGACUUGAUUAUCCACUCAUAAUGAAUAAUUUUAAAGCAGCUAUUAUUCUACAUGUUUAUAGAAUGCAAAUAAAAGAAAAUAAAGAUGAGGGAUGGUAUAAAAUGGAAUUGAAGGCAGGAGAAGUUUCUAGCUUAGAUUGUUUAAUUUGGAAUAUAAAUAAAAUGUCAAAGAAAAAAGAGUAUGCCAGUAUUAUUCUAACUCAAUUAUUGGAAAAUUGGUUAAAAAUUAAAAAAGUAAUGAAUAUAGAAAAAAAAAGUUCCAAGUUAUUUAGAGUUAGACAUUGUAGAAAAACAAGUGGAAGAUUUAAACUUAAAUAAUUGGAAAAAAGUAGGGAUAACGACUCUGGACCAAUUAUUGACAGAAGGAUCAAUUAAAACCUUUGCUCAAAUAACAGAGAUACAUAAUCUCCCUCCUAGAGAGGUGUUUAAUUUUCUAAGACUUAAAAGCUAUAUUAAUACACAUCUUAUAAUACCAAAAUCUAAUCUAAGCAAUUCGAUAGAUUUAUUAUUUACAUCAAAAAAAGUCAAUAAACCACUUUCCAAAGCUCUAAUACUAAUUAAAUCAAUAGCUAAAGACACAAAUCCUACUGCCAUACAGGCUUGGAAACAAGACUUGAAUAUCGAUAUAAGAACUAGAACGUCCAGCAUUACUAGUACAGGUACCAACUAGAACGUCCAGCAUUACUAGCACAGGUACCGACUUGUUUUAUAACAUUUGCUACAUAGUGCUGGCCACGACUGUACAGGUACCAUCCAUUGCAACCAGUUUAUUACGGCUUAAUAUUACUACUGACUGCUGAUUCUGGCUCCACAUAUACCAGUAUUACUACCACUGCUUUAUAUUAUUACUGACUCUGUGUGUUUAUGGCUAUUGCUAUAUAUAUUUUUUCCAUUUAGUACCUUUUUAUUAUAAAUGUGUUGUUUUAUGCUAAAAGGUGAAAUUCUGCUGUUUGUUUUUAUUGGUUAAUGGCUAUUUGCCAUAAAUUAGUGUUUUGUUGCAUGGUGUAUUUUGUGGCAUGCUCCUCAUCGUUUCAUUUAUUACCUCCUCUGCCUCAGAACCUGUUAGGAUACUAUUUCUACUGUAUUAUCCCCAGUUUACUUUACCUGUGACAGAGCGGAUUGGGAGCAUAGUGCAGGCUGCUAUGUUAAACCAGUUCGUGCCAACUCCAUGAUAAGGCAGUACGUUGGGUAACCGCUUUGCAGAAUGUGCUGUAGAUAUACAAUCUUUUUUUGUUGCCAAUAGGCCAGCAUUCCUGUUCCUGUGAGGAUCAAGCAGAACCAUCCAUUUAUUUUCCCUGUCAUGAUUAUCACGGAUCUGAAUUGCCAGAAAUUAAAAAUUUAGACCGAAAUACACAAAUUAGAAAAGUUCUCCAAAUUGGCUACAUUUUUCAAUUCCGCUUUUUUGUCCAGAAUUUGAAAUAGAAUUUGAAUGUCUGACAAUACACACUAUAGUGAGUUACCCUGUAUUUCACGGUACCAUAUGUUCUAUGAUGCCAAUGUGUUUCUUACUAGUUAGUGAGUCUCAGAACAGCACAGACCCAUUUAAAGACCCAUGGAAGAGCUUAGACAAAGGAAAGUAGGGUUUGUUUGUUUAUCUUCUUUACUUUUUUGUUUGUUUGUUUGCAACCCGUUACAACAGACAUUCAUAAUUUCUGGUAAAAAUUUCAGCAUGGCACAUUACAUACCAGUCAAGGAACGGGGUAUAUAAGCGUCCAAUGUAUAAAGGAUGUAUUGUACACUUGCUGCAUUGUUCAUAUUAGAUGGGCAUGUGCCACUGAGUGAUAUCACCAGCAAGCAUAGCCGACUCAGACUCAUUUGCAUACAGUGCCUCGCUGAAUUGAAAACAUGAUACACUCACUGUCCAUUGAUUAUAUUUUGCACACAUGCUAUACAAUUAACUUGAUUUAGGACGAGGGUAUUUUUUAAAAGUAACUGGUGGGCCUGUAUGGAGGUUUUAAUAAUAUCCCCUCAUUCUGACCCAGUGAUAGUAAAUAAGUAUUAAAUCGGGGUGCACAUUAUCUAAAUGAAAAGAAAAGAAACACUACCAGCGUUUGCAGAAUGUGGCAUAAGACUGGCAAGGAAUCUUGGGAAUUCUAGUUUUACAGCUGGAGGUCUACCUUUUUGACUUGCCCUCUUCUAAGCUGACGAUAGACACCUGGUCAUCGUGGGUCUGAGCAAAUGUUUGCUCUGUCUGUUGGCAUCAAAGUCACAGGCACAAGGUGAGUAGUGGAAUUUGGCAAAUGUGUAUCUAACACUUGGGACGCUCACACUGCAUCAAAUAACUGUCAAAACUAAACUCGUUAAUGGUUGGGUACUUGUUACAUAAAGAACAUGCAGAUAUGGUUGUGUGCUUGGCUUGUCUGUUUAGACAGCAAGUAAUAUUGAGAAACAGGAAGGAAGUAGACACUCAAAUUGUUUUCUUUUGUUUUUGUUCCUGUUCAUCAUUUACACCCGUUCACAAUCAUGUUAGGCCACGGAUUAUAGAGAAAUAAAUCAUUAGGGCACUGGGGUAAGUGUUUCCUGAUUUAGAAAAAAUAUAUUUUGUUAUCUGCAUUGCAUGAGUGUGUUUUGAUAGUGUAUCUUACCUUGUGGUAUCUGCUAUUGUUUACUAAAACCGCUGAGAUGCAAUGUAGUAGUAAUGCACUGAGGACACCAUGCACUAUAGCAGGCAUAGGCAUCCUUCGGCACUCCAGAUGUUUUGGACUACACCUCCCAUGAUGCGUUGCCAGCAUUAUGGGGGAUGCAGUCCACAACAUCUGGAGUGCCGAAGGUUGCCUCCCCCUGCGCUAUAGUAUAGAUUGCCAUGAAAUGCCAGCCUUUAACGAUGUGAACUUUUUUUGCUUUCAAAUGAGAUCCCGUACCAUUGCAAAGUAUGGGUUGCUUAAUUGUGGCCAGUUCCAUGCCACUUAUUUAUUGACGGCAUUUAAUGCCUGCCUUAGGUCUUUUACAGAGCAAAUUGUGAUGAUGACACAAAACUGUAAAAAUGCAGCAAAGUAGCUCUAACCUAGCAUUGAUUUGUCUGAAAGCAAAUUUCUUACUUUUUUGCAAAUGUGUUUUUUUUUUUUAUUGUUGUUAGAUGACGUAUUUGAUGUGAUCCUUAUUUUUGUCCAAUUCUGCAACUGACUGAGGAAUUAAACAGUCCAGGGAUCAUGUCUUUCAAUUAGCUUUUUAUUACUCUGUGCAGUACAGAAACCGUUUUAAUAUUGCUUGUUCCCUGUCACUGAGGGUGUGUUUGCUAUAUUUGCUAUGCUUGAGUGGUAGAACAAUGUGACGAGUAUUUUAUGUGUUGAAAACUCAUUCACGUAUUUUAAAUAGUGAGUCUGAUGAAAGUGCUGUUUGUUUACUUGUCUAAAGACUGUUUCUAUUGUUCAAAUAACAUAUUUAGAGGUUACAGGCAUUAAGCACUGUAGCAUAUACUUAUUGUGGCAAGUAAGGGGUUAAUCUGCCUUGUCUUGGAUUAGAAUGGAAGGAAGUUGUAGUUUUGGGGCAGUUACAACUGUAUCUGAGCAGAAGUGGUGACACUGCUCUUGCUGGGAACUGGAGCGAGCCUGGGUUUGAGUAAAGAUCGCGAUGGUUAAAAGUGCGAGACGCUGGGACAGAAUAAAACUCAGCAGCGCAAGCACAAUCCUGUCAGUGGUCGCUAAGGCAGGGGUGACUCAGACGGACCCCCGCCCUCGCACCCUUUAAUUUUAAUUUAAUUGUAAGCCGUCCUCGGGGUCAAGUUCUGAGGAAGGAUAUGGUAGCAGAUGUCUUUAACUAUAAGGCGGUCGGGUCAUCUAAGACUGACGAACAAUUUAGUGGUUAAUAAAGUUAAAGUUUUAAAAGGUAAAUAGUUUGUUAUAUGUUCAUUGUUAUGUAUAUUAUGGUUGUAAGCCCCUUAAGCUUUGAAUAAACACCACAGCCAGCCCAUUGAAAAGUAAAUAAACUUUCUCUGUGUUUAUCGUGUUAUCUAAUUUUAUUAAUACAAAAUAUUGCCUCCCAUACAUAUAAUUCUGGGCCGUCAGGUCGGAACUAAAUGUCCCAUGAUCCUCCGCAGCUGUCGUGAAAGAAUGAGUGUCUGUGAUAGGAUGAGCAUCAUGGGAAAUGGUGUCCAACCGUAUCUGGAGAGCUACAUGUUUAUCUCGGAUUUAUAGAAUAUUUUGUUUGAUUAAUCUAAACUUGCAUCUUUAGAUCCCAUUCACUGGUAAUUUAAGAAAAAACUAUUGAUCUUUGCAUUUUAUUAACAAUUUUUUAAAGUACUUCUGAGCUUUUAUUGUAAUGCAGGGUUACAAGCUAUGCUAUGUAACUAGAUUUUCUCUGUAUUUAUUUUUCAGGCAGUAGCACAUGAUUGACCACAUUUUUUACAAUGAAGAAAAGCUUCCCACCAACAGGCGGUAAGAUCCCAGUGCCAGUUUUGUCAAGUCGAAAUAUGAGGUCUCCAUCACCCUCCAGCAAACCUAAAGCUGCUUCAUCUUCUGCUGUUAGAGGAACCCUAACUAGCUCCCUCGAUCCAAGAGAAGAAAGUGAUACCAUGGAGUAUGAUAGCGUUAAAGGUGAUUAUCGUUGCCCUGAGAAAACUGUUCAUGUUUCUUUCAAAGGAUUCUUCUUAAUCUAGAAAUGCAUUCUGGGAUAUGUGGUUUAGUCUGCACUAUGAAAAGAAAAAACUAUCUUCUUACCUUUGUAAAGUCCAACUAUUUAGACAGCAAUUGUGUUGCUAAUUUGUCUCCCAAAUCAAUUGUAAACUGUAGGACAUGUUCUUCUUGGCUCAUGCUCCACAGUGAAUCAUGAACAAACAUCUUUGUAAAUAAAUCCCACAUUAAGACUGAUAUUUUGGGAAAACUGGCACAUCGUCCAAUAGAAUAUGUCUCAUACGGAAGCUUUGCCUGAUGCUUCUUAUGGAAGCUCUUUACUUCCGCUUGUUCAAGCAUGAAACCAUUCUGACGGUCAGCUUGAUCUCCAGGAGAAUGUUCCUAAAUUGGCACUAACCAUUUCAAAAAGUGACAGUUUCACUGUAAGUCACCUCUUUUAUGAAUGGAGACAAGGGGGUGGGGUGCGCAUGUAGUUAACCCCUAGAGGGUAAGGCUUUGGGGUAUCCAUUUAAGUAAAUACCAUUUCAAUGCAAACAUGUUCCAUUAUUGAAAAGUACUCUUUCUCCUAUUCUUAUUUGGAUGGGGGGUCCAGCCGUAACAUUUUGUGUUUAUUAUUUUAUGUUUUGCUCCUUUUACAUUCUUGUGUUCUUUUGCUUUAGGAAAUGAUCCUGGCGUUCGUUACAUCACAGAGUCGCUAAUCCAAAAGCUGACGAAGCAGGAGAACCUUGCAUAUGUUACCUCGCUGAACCUUGCCCUCUCUAAAGAAGGAGGCAAAAAGUUCAAGGUUUGUCACGCUGUAUUUGUCACUAUUUUGUAGAUCCAGGUUCUUCACAUCAGUCCAAUCAGUCCUUUAACCCCUUAAGGACACAUGAUGUGUGACAUGUCAUGAUUCCCUUUUAUUCCAGAAGUGUGGUCCUUAAGGGCCACUCAUGCUGUAUCACUGCCAGUGCGCAUUUUCAGUGAGAAUGGCUGCACCACCAGAAGUUAAAUGGGCGUUGACGUUUGACGACCUCCCAAUCAUGCGCUGUCUUUCUCUGUUUGGCAAAAAAAAAGUUUAGUGGAUUUAUGCAGCAUAUCUCCACCCCCUUAGGUACGCCUUCCCUUUUCAUAAAACAUGUUUCUGAUGUACCAGAACCUUUUGUCUAGAGCUCAGUCCCAAUAAUUACAUUUCUAUAUAAAGUCAUGUAUGACUUGCAUCAUUUCAACUACAAUUGCUUAUGUUAGAAGAUUUUAAAGGGACUUUCAAAGCAUCAAAACUGCGAUAGCUUAUUAUAGUGUUUAUGGUGCUGGUAAGCUGCUAUUGGUGCAGGCUUCAAUAUUUCUUGUUGGGAUUUAAAAAAAAAAUAAAAUAAAUUGUCAGGUGAUCUCCAUGUUUGCAAAAACCUCUUGCCAGUGUUCUAAGUUCACCACCUCUGAUUUCACUUUCAGCCAACGUUUUUGGAAUACACACUCCUAUAUGUGUUGAAGCUAUAUUUAUAACGUUCAGUCAGCGGUGAAUUACUGGCUCAGAAGGGCCACGGCCAUUUGGCAUCUCUGAAUCUUGAUGUAUCCUAUUACUGAGAGGUUAUUAUUGCAUAUAUUUGGAUGCAUAGUAAAAGUUUUUAUUUAUCAGCAGCUGAAGGGAAGAUCUUAGGGUGCCAGUAUAUUCCCUGUUUUUUUGGAAAGCUGUUUGACAAAAAUUGAAAGGCCUGUUCUCAAACAAUAUGGGAGUUUGCCCCCUCCCUUGUAGCGGAUCGGCAAUAUUAAAUCCCACGAAUUCCGCUGGUACAUACAGUAAUCCACAGUCAUGCGCUGAGAAGCAAGGCAAUAUCCCAAAUCCCCUAGUAACCGGACGAAACACAGUUCUGGGAGUCAACUGAGGUCUUUAUUUGCAGCUCUAGUAUUUAUGCAAGUCCCCUUGCAAGGGGUUUCCCCACUGACAUUGCAGGGGUAAUACAGUAGGGGACUUAACAUUCUGGGCAUUUCUCCCAUCAGGCACUGCUGCACGAGAGGGACACUCCCACUGGAAUAUACCGUUAAGUGGAUAAUCCCUCCGUGCAGCAGAACCAGCAAUUCACAUUAACAUACAUAACUGGCAUUGUAUUCAGUGAAUUUAUACAAUUGGACGUUCGGCAGAUAGCUGGGGUCUGAGCGCACAGUUCGUGAGAUUACCGCUCAGAUCCCAGCUAAAACAGCCGAACGCCGCACGAAAAACAUAUUAAUUGUAACACACGCUUAAAAGACCGAUUGCUAUACAGGAAGUAAAAUACCGAAAAGCUCCCGAACGGCCUGGAAGCCCAGCGGUGUUCGCGCCGUCCAGUAGCCGUUUUCAGUACCACGCGCUCGACGACCGAACACCGCUGGAGAGAAAAAGGAUCCAAGAUGGCCGACCGCCGCGUGGUCAGUAGUCGAACGACUGCCACCUUGGAGAGUCUCUAAUUGCCGAUUUCAACAUUGUUGCAAUCGGUUAACAAGCGCCACACGUCUCUUAGUGUGUGGGCUAUUACUAGAGUGUUCAUUCGGUUCACGAACAGCCUGCAAAGGCGUUGUUCGUGAAACGGAAUAGAACAUGGCUAUCUGCUUCGGCAGAUAGCUAACACAGUCAAUACAACAUACAGAAUCCAGCAGAUUACAACCAGGCACAUAUACAAUCAUAAUAAAUAUACAGGCAACCCUUAAAACCAUAUUGUCUCUGUUUUAGUCCAAGUGGCUAGAUUUGCCACACCCCCUUUGAAGCUUCUAUGUUAGAAAUGGAUGAUGAUUGUUAUACAAGCAAUUAUUAGAAUAUUUCUGCUGAGGCCUCAGACUCUCUGAAUAAUUAAACGAAAGGAUUCCUUACACAACAUCUUUAUUGUGCGCUAAUUGCUUAAUUAGCUUGCUGGUGGAAUUAAUCGACGAAGAUGCAAAAUGUAAGCUGCAUAUAAAACAUUAGACAUAAGAAAGCUUGCAAAGAUGAUAAUGUGUUUAAAAUGGUAACAUUUAUAAAUUGUAUUCUUUUUUUUCUUUUCUUUGCUUAGUUUAUAGAAAAUCUUGAAAAAUGCGAAAGACUUGAAAUUCUGAAUCUCAGUUACAACCUUAUUGAAAAGAUUGAGAAGCUGGAAAAACAGAUCCGGCUAAGGGAACUUAAUUUGUCUCACAACAAAAUAAGGUACAGAAUACUCAGAAGAGCUGGCAUUAGAGGUCGAGCGGAGCUCUCUGUGAUUAAGAUUGAUAAAUCCGUUUCAUAGUAGGAAAAAUGGCAAUGUUAAUAUAUGUAAUAAUAUAUAAUAAUUGUGCCAGAAUUCUCCAAGAAUUAGACAUAAGUGUCAAUUUUUAGGUUUGAUAAACCUCCUUAAAUAUGUUUGUCUAUGAAAAUACACAGACAGAAUCGAUAUGUAUUUAUUUUAUUUUUUAAAUUCUACAAAUAUUCAUUACUUUUGUAAGCUUUGCAACAAGAGAGCCAAACAGAUAAUUCCAGGCUUAUCUGUGGUGAAUAAAGAAUUGUACACCAUGUUGCUGGGUGAAGUUGAAAACUCAAAGAAGGAAAAGAUGGAAAAAGCAAGCUUGUGUGAAUAUAAAAUCAACAGGCACAGACAUGAAGGUGUCUACUCUACCCAUGUCUAAAUUGGAACUGCAAAGCAGAAUGGAAAGAUCACAAAAGCAGGUACAGGUGAACCUCUCGAAAUGAUCCAUCAACAGGAAAAAGUUAUUGCUAGAAACGGGUUUAACUCAUGGAGAUCCAUCAGUCUGCACACACUGAAUGGACGCUGGAGAGAUCACGACAGUAGUGCUAUCGAUGAAGUUAGCAAGCAUAAUCAGGAUGCCGAGCGGGUUCAGAAUGAUGGCCUUCACACGCUAGAAUGACAGCAGAAGAGCUGGAUGAAAAACUGGUUGCGUACACAGUAAACACAGAAAUCCAUCCCAAUGAUGAUGGAAGCUGAUAUCCGCAGUGAAAGCCAAGCUGAUGCUGAGAAGUUCAAUGGGAAAUUUAAAAAAUCAGUUCUGUCCUGAUACACUGCACAUUGACUGUGCCUACCCUCUCUGCUUCAUUAAAUAUUGAAUGUACAAAACAAAGAAGUAAAUUGAAUUUUGGGAAACAUGAAACUAGAAUAUAUAUAAAGUAUACAUAUUGUAUAAGCAUCUUCUAUUAAACAAACAUUAUAUUGAGAACUUUGCUAUUAAAUUACACUUUUUAAUUUUUGUAGUCAUGCUGAGCCAAAAAAUUAAAUGGCUUGCAUGCAAAAUGACGGGGUAUGGGACAUGUCUAAAGAUCAGAAUAUUAAAUUUAUGCAUGUCUGUGAAAGAAACAUGUGUAUAAAAUGAAAUCACAUGUGGUUAAUAGAUAGAAAUUAGGAAAAGAGAUUUCAUAUCAAUAGCUAUUUAGAUACUCAUUUUUGAAUUAGUACUGAAAAAAAAGAACAGGUUAAUAAGCUAUAAUUUUUAUUUUUUGGUUGAUUAAAAAAUAGUUUGUUUUUUUUCCCUUUGAACAUAAAGCAAAAUCGAAGGCCUGGAGCAUAUGCAACAUUUGCAAAAAUUAAAUCUUGCUGGAAAUGAAAUUGAACACAUACCUGCCUGGGUGGGGAAGAAAAUUCGCUCUCUCAACAGUCUAAAUCUGAAGCAAAACAAGAUCUCUUCUGUAAGUUGUUGGAAAUUGAAAUUAGCUUUUCACCCAAUACCGUUUCGUAAAUAAACAUAUGACAAGGAUGGCUUAUCCCAGCACCCAAAAUGUCCUGGUCCCCAGCUACAAUCCCCAUUGAUGUUUUUCCAGCCCAAACAUAAAGCGUUAGUUUGAAGCAGAACUAAAGCAGACGCAGGUCACGUAGUAAGUUGCUGUCUCUCAGAAGAGUAUUGCAUUCAAACAACUCUAAACUGUGCUAAAAAACAUUUUAAAGGGGCUAACAAGAGCUCAGAAUGGUGUUAAAUAAACCUUUUAAAGGGAUAAACUAAAUUUCGGAAGGGAUUAACAGAAUGUUCACAAGGAUUUAGGAGAAGGAGUUUCAAGAUAGAAACUGUAUUCAGUACAAGGUGGGAGCUGCCUAAUCCAUUGUGGGAGAUGUGGCAGUUGGUGAUGACACCAGGUCAGUUGAUGACUCGUUGCUUGUGCGUGCGAGUGGGUGACAUCAGCAGCCUAGCAUGGGUUAUUUGCAACAAUUCAGCUUUCAGGGGACAGGAGGGUGAGAGCGUGGGGAUAUCUGUAAAAGUGUUUCCUUGAGAAAAGUGGGUUGAUUAUGACACAAUUGAUAUUUUAUAUAAAGAUGGCAUGCCAGAAAUACAUUCUCUCUGUGCCAGCUGUGCGAAAGAGUACAGUAAACUAAUUAUUAUAAAAUGUUAUUUCCUCACAGCUUCUGUAUAGAACAGGCUUCAAAAUUUAUUUAUUUUUUAGAUUACUUUAUUGAACUGCAAUUCUCCACCUCUGGGCAUUUGGCAUUAUUGUCACUAUAAGCAAAAUAAAUAAGAUAAUAAAGAGUUGCGUAUGUGCCCCAUUUUGUUGUCCUGUAUUAAAACUAUUUAGCUUUCAUACAAGCACAAUGUAAUUGUAGGACCAGGUAGAUCGUGUUUGAUGGUGGAGACUGGUCUAUUUAUACAUAACCCACAGUAUGUACUUAUUACUACCAGGCCCCCCUCUUCUCGCUGCUCACAUCAUUUGAAACUUAUUAAAUUGAAAUCUCUAUUCCCUCAAAUAUAUUUAAUAUAACUAGAUAAUCUAUUUCCUUCUACAGCACUGUUCAUGUUUAACAGAAAUGAUCAAAAAGACAAUUACGUUUCAUUUUAAUUUCAUCAAUAUUCCACACAGUAAAACAAGCCCCCAAUUCUUCUCCCUAAUCCUAGUGAUGCUCUUUGGAAGCCUAUUAGAUUGAGGGGGUUUGAAGUUGCUGUCAAAUUCUUUAUUCCUUACAUUGUACCUUUCUUUAUCUUAGCUUCAGGAUGUGUCUCGGUUAAAGACGCUGAAGGACUUAACAUCACUCUUUUUGGUUGAGAAUCCCAUUGCAAAUCUUCCUCACUACCGCUUAUUCACCAUCUUUCACUUGAGAUCUUUGGAUACCUUGGACGGUCACCCCGUAACCAAUCUGGAGAGACAAGAAGCCCAUAACAGAUUUAAUUUAGGUAAUAAGGAGAAUUUCUUUUACGAAGCAUUUGAACAAUAGUGUUUUUUACACAUCACAUGUGCUCGGGUGGUUUUGUUUAACAUUUGUAGUAUUUUACUAUAGUUGACUAUAUCUUUUAUUGUUAACCAUUUGUGGAGGUAAUUUAUCUCCAUGGAAGUAUUGUAGUGACCUCUAUUUCCUUUGGAAGUACUGUAGUGACCUCUAUUUCCUAUGGAAUAGCCUGCUUACGACCAUCAAGCUCUCCCCUAGUCUUUAAUCAUUUAAAAAGUGCCUCAAAACCCAUCUCUUUAGUAAAGCUUAUAGCCUCCCAGAGUAACCUUGAUAUAGAUCCAAAUAAUGAUCUUUGUUGUUGUGACAAAAUGCCUUUUGUCACUGGAUUGUUAGGUGACAAGCUGCCCUUUGCCCCCGGCUGUUGGAGGAGCCUGAUUGCCAGUCUCCUUCCUCAUGACUAUGGCCCUGGGGUGUAGUGACAUUUAAAAAGACUAUUUGGGGCUUAUUGGCUUCUAAAGACCGUUCACUGCUUGACCCUCAACACGGAGCUUUGUCUCGUUCUUGGGGGGAUUUACUGUAUGCUGUUAGAGAUUGAUUGCCAGGAGUGUAAGCCGCUUGGGUGCUUUUUCCUGUUCAGCUGCUAGCAGCUAUUCGGGAGGUUCCAGUUCGUGAGUUUGGAGUGCUACUUGGUAUUCUGUUAGGGAGUUUGGGGUUCUGCAGUAGCUGUGCCUGUGUCUCUGGAAGGGGAAGAUCUACUAAACGGCAGUUUAACCCUUUUAUGCCUGGGGGUGCCGUUACAGUUAUAUUCAGAGGAAGCCCAAAUUGUUAUUACAAGUGCACUUGUAGGAGCGCGAAUUAGACACCAGACACCUGUUGGUAUUCAAAAAAGCCUCUGUCGUUUAUUCGUCAUUUGGGUUUUUAUACAUUAAAAAGUAAGUGCUUACGUGCAAAUACUCAUAGGACAGUAGUAGGAAGGGAGUGAAAGGGUGAAAGUAGUACAGAUAAGACAUAGGGAUGAACAUCAUAUAACAGAUAAGUUCAGAGAAAGAACAGAAUGAUUUGAGAAGAGACAUCUCAGGCAGGGGCUAUCUGCUCCUGGAACUAGACAUAUAUGGUCUUAAGUGUCGUUUUAAGCAUCAAGCAUUUCCUGAGUCCAAGUAAGCCAAUUUUAAUAUAGGAAAUCAUUAUAUGACACCUAUAAGCUUGAGCCUUGGAAUCAAGAUAAAGUCUAUCACAAACUCUACCUCACAUACCUGUCCCUUGCUCUCUCCUAAAGGGCAGAACUCUACUCUCUCCUCCAGCUCUGCUUCACCCCACCUUGUUUGAUUGCUACCUCCUGUCCUGUUGUGUUUUACGCCCCACCUCCUCGUUUGAGCAGGGCCCUCUUCAACCUAUUGUUCUUGUAAUUGUCUCAUUUAUUGUUAAAUCUCCCACUUUGAUAAUAUUGUAAAGCGCUACGGAAUAUGCUGGCGCUAUAUAAAUACCAGUAAUAAUAAUAAUAGUAGAUAUGAAGUAAGAAUCCAAAUUUUGGCUUCCCGUUUGCUUUGUGCUUGUUUGCAGUUAAAAUGUAAAGCUAUCAAUAUUUUUUUUUUCUUUUCUUUAGAAGAGGUAGAAAAGCUGGAGAAAGCCCUAGAAAAAAAGGUUCAUGAGAUCGAUGAACUCCAAAUUCAGAAGGCCACGUUGGAAGAUGAGUUCCAAACCCAGGGUGAGAUCAACAAAAAGAUGAAACAGCAAGCCAUGCAGCAAAAAAAGAGCUAUAAGGACCUUGAGAGAGAGAUGGAAACCAAGAAUGAAAUAGUAAGUGUCUUAGAGUGGCUGUGGUGGGUCAUGCAGUAGAAGAGUCACACACAAUAUAAUGAAUAUGAGUUAGAAUGGAUCUCCUAACCCACAAUAUAAUCUGACUUUGGCAUCCUUUUGAUUAAGGACUGCUUAUGUUCUGUUACCAUAAAUGAUUUCACUUUCAAGGCACUUGCCUUGUGUUUGUGUUUCAUUCUAAUAUUGUACCCCUUUUAGUAAUAGAUUAUACCCUUAAGAUUCACAGCUGUAUAUGUAAUCCCUGUACGCACUAAUAGGACGUCUUUUUACAAGACACUGGCUGUUACUCCAUCUUAAUGCCUUAAAUUCUUGUGAGUCCUCUCCUUGAAUUUCCUAACCCACAAUAUAAUCUGACUUUGGCAUCCUUUUGAUUAAGGACUGCUUAUGUUCUGUUACCAUAAAUUAUUUAACUUUCAAGGCACUUGCCUUGUGUUUCUGUGUUUCAUUUUAAUACCGUACCCCUUUUAGUAAUAGAUUAUACCCUUAAGAUUCACAGCUGUAUAUGUAAUCCCUGUACGCACUAAUAGGAUGUCGUUUUACAAGACAUUGGCUGCUAUGCCAUCUUAAUGCCACAAAUUCUUGUGAGUCCUCUCCUUCCCUUCACUGCAAAUUUCAAUAGGAAUCCGUAUCGGAGGGCACCUCACUGACAUUCACUGAACUAUUCCAGAUUACAAGUUUUUACUUGUUUGGGGUUUUUUUUGUUAUGUGUGCGUGUGUUUUCAAAAAAAAAAAAAAUUAUAUGCAACUGACUAUUUCUUUGUUCUGGCAUUUAUAGCAGCAUUAACACCGUGGAAUCAAAAGUAGGCUGCACUUUGGUUGUGACACUUAACCAUACCUUCCCCCCCCUCCUUCCUUCCUUUCAUGAAUCCUGGGAAUGCACCAAACCGUUAAUGAGUUAUCACUUUUAUAGUAGACAAUUAUAUUGCCAUCCUAAAUGGUGAUGUAGGAAUGACUGCAUCCCACAAACCUGAAUCAACCCCCCUUAUCAACAAGCAACAUGUUUCUUAUAUCAGAAUUAAAGGUGCACUCUAAGCAACAGAACCAUAACAGAUCAAUAUAGGACUUACGUUGCCUUUAGAGACCUGGUGCUGGUUCAAGAUCAACUGGUUUGACAUAAGCUGGGACCUUUCCCAGAGACCAUCCCUCUAUGACUGCGUUGAUGACGCAGAUUUACCACAAUAUGUCUGUUUUUUCGAUUUUGUGCAUUCCUAUUUAACGCAUGGUUUCCUUUUCAUUCAUUAGGUUAGUGACCAUGGUUUAUAUUUCUCACAGUAUCUAUUCACUUAAUCCCUUAAUUUCAAUUUCUUCAAAUUCCUUCUUUUGACAUUUUCUUUCCUCUAUAUGUGUGUUGCUGCAUGUAGAGUCACAUAAAGUCAAGUCACAAGAAUAUUUUGCUCCUUAUCCUCAAUUUAACACAUAUGCAGUGUGUCAUACUUUGUGUAGUAGAAUACUAGUUCUGUGUUUCAUUUUUACAUUUGUGGUUUUAUGUGCAGAUCCAAGUCUACCGACUGUAGGCUACCCAAUGCUUAACACCAUCUCGACAGGUGACUUUAAAGGACUAUCAUGAUUACCAUCUCCUAUUGAGUGACUAAGGCUAUAUCAUUAUAGUGAUUGCACCAAUCAGAAAUCCAAAAGACUUGUUUAUGUAAAAUAAAUAACUGAAAAACUGAUUUAAAAAUGACUUUUAUUCAAACAGACCCUUUUUUCGAAACACUCCACGCUUUUAUUUAUUUAAAUUUAUCAUUUAGCAUUAAGAUUUAAAUAAUAAACUAAAGAAUAACAAACCAGUGAUAUUUUGCCUUUAAAUUCAGCGUUACCAAUAACCAGGCUUACAUAUCGACUCUUUUAACAGCCAGCCAGGAGUGAUGCAAAUCAAUUCUGUUAGGAAGAGGCCUGUCUUUGUUUUGUUGCUCAAUGAGAUCAUGCUUCCUCAGUCUGUACGUGUGAUGUAUGACGGUCACAGAUACAGCUGCAGUUAAAAUUAGAUGUAUUUUAAUUAACACUGCAGGAGAAUGAGUCUUGGCCAUGUCUGCUUAAUGUUAGGAAAGAUGUGCUUGUCAUAUUAAAAAUUGUUCACAUAUUUAUAAUUAGUGUGAUCAUCUUGUGUGAAGUUUGAACUAGAUCUUUUGCUUUAAUGCAUUGAGAGAGAACAUUGAGAACCGGCAAAUCGCUUAUCAUUUAGUUAUUUCACACUCUCUUCUCACUUGUUAUAUGUCACAUUUGGCGUUAUUGAGAGAGCCUAUAUUAUUUACAUGUUAGACUGAUCCCAGCCUUAGCCUAAAAGGCAGUUUAGACCUGAAAUCCUGACAAAUCCUGCACGAGAGGGAUACAGCCAUCCCAAGCAAUCAUGAUGGCCUCUCAGUGGGUUCAGCUGGUACUACUCACACAACACAGAUAUAUAGCGUUUCAGUCUCUUAAUUUACUGAACAGAGAGGCAGCAGCUAAGAUCAUGGAACUGUACACAGUACCAGGAAAGCAUGACUGUGAGCUAUUUCCAAUUGUACAAGUAAGUACUGGGCUGGUUAUUCGCUCUCACUUAGAGUGCAAUCCCACAUUAGAAGGGAUAUUGUGUUAUGAAUUGCUGAAUUUUCUUCUAUUUUAUUCCUAGAUUUGUUAGAGGUUUCAGCUAAACUAUCCAAGGUUCUAGAUUAAAAUUAGCCUCUUUAGGACCGCUGCUGGUCUAUGGCAUCAUUGUCUUGUCUCUAAAGAUCCAGUGAAAUGUAUUAUCCAACUCAUUUAGUGACCGCAGACCUGUGUAGAACUGGCAAUGUUAAAGCGUGGCAUUUCUUUCUGUGCACAAGGGGAUGCAAGGACCAUAUUGUAAUGACAAUAAGCAAUAUAACUGGACCUAAAUAGAGUUUAAGCAUGCAAAACUGAAUAUAAAAGAUAUCUGUAGGAGCAGUUCUCCCAACACGAGUCUGCUGUGUAAUAUGUGGGAUGUGCGUCCACUAAUCUAAAAUGAAGGUAGUGUGUGAACAACUGUGAUACGGUGAUGGUAGAGGGAGAACUUGGACCUUGGUUGCAGACUAUGGGUACAGUUAUUGGCCGUAUUUCAUAUUUGCCAUAUUGUUGUUCAGGCUCACUUUCUUUAUAAAUGUAGUAGCAUUUUAACAGAUCAGAAGCUAUUUUGGACUGCGACUGGCCAGGGGUAGAAAUUGUGUGAGCACACUUAAUUUCCUGCCUGUAGACUGACUGCAUCAUUGGAGAUGUCAUUUACGGUUGGUUGGGACUGCCUGUUGGAAAUUCUAACGUACACAGUAAAUGUGCUAUGCCUCCUACUGACGAAUUUCAUGUGUGCAACCUGUCGAGAAAACUGUAUCCUACAAUUUUGAUUUGUUAUACGGAGUUCAAUACCAUAUGUGAUCACUUAAAUUUACCUUUAAAGCAUUGUUUUUAAUUUAACAUAACCUUCUCUUGAUUGUAGUUUUCUUGGUCCCUUUUUCCUUUCCUUUUUUUUCCUUAUAGCGUUUUUCAUGGUAUUUCUUAGCUCCUUCUUCAGUCGGCCUGUGUUCCUCUCGAAAGGUAUUAGUCUGUCUAAUGUGGAUCCCAUUCCACCCCCAUAUUGGUAGCAUGAUGUGUGCACCUCUGUAAUCCCAUGUUGUGCAUCAUACCCUCUAAUGUGGCUGCAUGAUGGACGACUAUCCCAGCGUAUUGUUUGUAACUGUUUUAUUGUUAUUUUGCAUGGAAUCUCAGCUGCUGUGAAUUUUUGGUUGUCAUCUGUAACCUUUCCUCCCAUCAGCCUUGCAAUGUGCGCCCAGAUGGAGCAAUCCUGCAUGCUUACUGUGAGGUACACUAUAUGGAUACAGGACUGGAUCACAUGAUCAUAGCAGUAACCCAACAAGUCCUAGAAUUGUCUGACUGUGUGUGCUAAAAAAUGAAAAGUGCACCUACUGUUAUUUAGCAAAACGUACAUGGGGCACUUUUGGCUUUGUCUGUACUUUAUUCUAGUAAACCCGCUAUGAGAAGUCAUAUAUAUCUCCAAUGAGGAAACGAACAUGUGCAUUAUAUAUUUCAUUUUUAUUUUUUUUUCCAACCAACUCUCCAACCUGUUUUAAAAUUAAGAUGAUUUGUUCUAUAUUCGAUUAGAAUUGAGGAAUGGCUGUUGAGUUAAAGUGGCACUGUCACGCUGAACCUUUUCCCUAUUGUUUUCUCUUCUUUUGCUCUCUCAGAAUCUGUUCUUCUUUUAUUCCUUUCUCGUCUAGUUUUCUUUAAAACAUAAAAUAAAGUAGGGACUACUUUGUCUUAUGUAUUUUUCCUACACCUGACUUUCUUUGACCAAAGGAGGAGCUUAACCCCUUAAGAACCAAACUUCUGGAAUAAAAGGGAAUCAUGACCUGUCACACAUGUCAUGUGUCCUUAAGGGGUUAAAGGACCACUAUAGGCACCCAGACCACUUCAGCUUAAUGAAGUGGUCUGGGUGCCAGGUCCAUCUAGGAUUAACCCUGCCUGCUGUAAACAUAGCAGUUUCGGAGAAACUGCUAUGUUUACAUUAGGGUUAAUCCAGAGGCGCUUCCGUGCUUCUCACUGUGAUUUUUCACAGUGAGAAGACGCCAGCGUCCAUAGGAAAGCAUUGAGAAUGCUUUUCUAUGGACUGGCUGGAUGCGCGCGCGGCUCUUGCUGCGCAUGCAAAUUCAGCCGAUGAUGACCGAAGGAGGAGGAGAGUCCCCAGCGCCGAGGGAGCCCGGCGCUGGAGAAAGGUGAGUGUUUAACUCCCUUCCUCCCCUUUCAGCACGGCGGGAGUGGGACCCAGAGGGUGGGGGCACCCUCAGGGCACUAUAGUGCCAGAAAAACUAGUUUGUAUUUCUGGCACUAUAGUGGUCCUUUAAGUCGUUUCAUUUCCUGUGUCAGAUGAAAUACUCACCCUUCUUCUUGGCACAUUAAAUGGAGCUGACUUAAGCUCCUCCUUGGGUCAGAGAAAGUCAGGCGUAGGAAAAAUACAUAAGACAAAUAGUCCCUAUCUUGUCUUAUAUUUUAAAGAAAACUAGAUCAGAAAUGAAGAAAAGAAUAGACUCUGAGAGACGAAGAGAAGAGGAAACAAUAGGAAAAAGGUAAGUUUGGCAAGACCGUGUCGCUUUUAAUGCACAUCCAUUAGGUACCCUCUAGAAUGCAAGCUAGAUUGAGCAGGGCCAUCAACACAUUCCUUUCCUGUGCGUCCAACUCGUUUUGUUACAAGUACAUUUCUGUUAGUCCACCUAUUAUAUAGCGCUACAGAAUUUGUUGGCACAUUAUAAAUAAUAAUAAUUAUGUUGAAUUUCACCACUUUAAAGAUUUAAAAGCACAAUGCAAAAAUAAAAUAAAGUUCUCUACUUUAAAGAAUAUUAACAUACUUAGAUUAGACAGUUCAUAUAAAUAGAAAUGGUUAGGCCGUCCGGAACAGAGUCCCAAGCUGCCUGAGUCACGUCUCUGGCACAGAAUGACCGAUCUAUCUGUGAAGUUGAGCCCCAAAACAAUACCCUAAAAGCCAGAGACCUGAUUCUACAUUAGAUUUGUGUUCAUGCAAGCUAGAAAUGCUCUAUUUUUGUAUAUCUUUAUUGUCCCUUCAAUAUUUCUAUUGGCAUGAACUGCUUUCUUGAAAUAAUGUUUUUGAAAUUUUUGUCGCUUUCAGUGUUGGUUCUGGUUUUUAAAAACCCUAAAGAAAACUAACUUGUUUUUUUUUUAAAUACAUCUUUAGAUGAACGCAUUGAAAUGGGCUUUUGAUUCGCUCUUUGCAUUAUUCUAUCAAAUCAUAUGUAACUGAGCUGGGUGGAAGGGCAAAUCUUGUAUUAUUAUUUUUUUCUUAGCUUUAUUAAAACAUCACACCUUAAUUGCAAGUCAGCACUGUGUAAGGUAACAGUGAUUCUUACACAAGUUUUUAUUUGCUGACUGUUUGAUUUCCUCUGCUUAACCCAAAGUACAUGUAUCCAGGCAUGAAAUAGCUCAUUUCCUCUAAGCUGGGAUAGACCCACACACGCAUACUAUCUCUCAAUUGCUGAAUAUCAUGGCUCCGUGACUGCCUGUGCUGUUCAAACAAUAUAUAGAUCCAUGUGGGGAAAAAAUAAUAAUUAAAUCUACUAAUGUCCUUAAUAACCAGUUUAGCAAUCUUUCUAUUUUGCUUCUCAUGCUUUACAGUAAUUGUUUGUGUUCAGUGUCUAGACUGUCCUACAGAAGUCAUUAAAUAUUAACAAUUAACGUACCAAAGAGCACACUGUCAACAUUAUUCUUAAAGCCCCAGUCAGUCUAUCUUUCUGUAAGUUAAAGGAACAGUAAAUGCUAACUCUUUAAUGAAUGCAUGGAACAAAAUCUGUGAUUUUUUACCCGCAGGGUAUUCGUUAAUGUCAGAUUUAAAAAACCCAAAAAACAAUAACGACGAUAAUAAUAACAAAUAACAGAUAAAUUCCAUCACCUUUUACACGCUGCCAUGCCAUGAAUAUUCACAGGAUCCAGUCCUUUGGUUCAAUGAUUUUCACACAAAUAAUCAUAAAAAUUAGUUUUAUUGCCCCUCUGUGCCUUGAUCAAUCCCUUAGACAUGUAGCAUGUGCUCGAGUCCUCUUGACUUUCACUAGCCACAGGUGACAGCGGGGAGUCCCAGAUAUCGAUUGAUAACUGGGUUCCUUGUUUCCAGUACGGAUUUAGCCCUGCUCGCACCAAAACUACAUCAUGUUUCAUGCCGUCCUUACUUCUUUAUACCCUUCUCUUUUCUGUAUGGCUUGAACGUCCUAACACCCUUAAGAUGUUAAAUAAGUUCCUGGCCAAACACUCCAUAACUCUGUUUUUAUUCCUACCUAUGUAUUAAUGAGCUGUAUUGUUACUGUAUAUGGUCAAUUGUGUUGGUGUUGUUUACAGCAAUGUUUCCAUUCCUAUAUGUUUGUGUGUUUUGAUAUGUUGGCCCAUUGAGUGCCGGGAGAUAAGCACAAGGAUUUUCUUGUGAUGCAUGAAACUCUUUUGGCUUUCAGGGGGGUUACAUGUUUUUGACGCUUGUAUACAAAAUUAACAGAACAUCCUUUUUUCAAUGUAAUAAUCAGUACUUUUAAUUUAACAACUUUUUAGCUGAAGCAGAAGACCUUAGAGCUAACGCGUGCAUGCCAAAAGCAGUACGAGCUAGAGCAGGAACUGGCGUUCUACAAAAUCGAUGCCAAAUUCGAACCGAUGGGAUACAUGUCUCCAGAGGUAAUUCUACAUAAAAUGGGCACAUAAUUACUCUUAUCGUGUAAAAAAAAAAAAAAAAAAAAAGGAUAUGCUAUGUAUUUUUAAUCUUUAUCAUUUGAUUUUGAAAGGGAUAGCAACCUUCCCCCUAAAGUGUUUCCAUGAGACUUUGUUAAUGGCAACAGAAGGAACCCUGCCAUUUGGCUUUUCACCUAUUUUCGUAUAUUAUUUUUAAAUGUUCUGUAGCAUUUCUGAUUUCCUCCAUAGUCCAUGAUGCAAUAGUCAAAUUUUGUUUCCUUGUGUAAAAUUGAAGAGCAAAAAUGUCAGCUUGCUACAUAACUACGUAAAUGUCUCUGUGUACUCUCAGUCAGAUGUAGACUACCUUUUUAUCUACAAACUUGUGUUGGGGUGGUACGUAAAUAUUAAUCUGUGAAAUGUUUUUGUGUGUUUUGUUUUGUUUUUUUAAUUUAUAGAACGUUGAGGUUGAAGAAGCCCCAGGAGAAAGUCCUUACAUCGGAAAAGCCAGAUACAAAAGGAAUCUGUAUGCUCAAGAAGGCUUUAUUGCAAACGCCGCACAGCCCCUCCACGUCGGGAAGCUUGAAAUGGAUGGUGACGAUCAAAUUAGAAAUAAACAGAUCUCUGCCAGAAUUCACACAACUCUCGAUAUAGACUUAGAGGAUAAAGAGAAAAAUAUACAAGCGGGUAUUUAAAAUGAAAAAAACCUCUGGUUACAUAUUUAUAUAUUUGUUAUUACAGGGACUCUCCAUGUCCUGAAACAGAGAUGUUAUGUUGCCAGAUCACCUGUCAUUGUGUUCCUGCACAUUAGACCCUUAGCGACCUGCAAAACUCUCUGCACGUAGAAGCCCACCACCUCAUAGACAAUGGUCACGAGAGGAGGCUUAUGAUUGCCCUACCCUUCUACGUCCUUGUACUAGAGCUCUCAUUAUUAUAAUAUUAUACUGGUCCCUUCCUGCUCCACAGCUUCUUGUGAAGAAGCUGCUAUAUUUGCAUGUGCCGUCACGCAGUAAUGUGUACCUCCAUUAACAAACAAACAAAAAUCAUUAUCUAUACAUUUAAAGGUCACUCUAAGCAUCAUGUCAACUUUACAUUAUUGUUUUAGUGCAACGUAUCCUUUGCAUACUGAGGACCAAAUUUACAAUUCAUGCUGUUCCAAUGUCAGUUUUCUUAAUGCCAACCCACCUCUCCCCAACCCUUUGGAUAUAUAAAUUUUAUAUAUAGUUUUGUUGUAUGUGAUUGAAUGGUUGCAACUAGUUUAGGGUAUCCGAAUGUGUUAAUGUGACUAUUUUGAAGUAUAAUUGGAUGCCGACUAUAACUAGGUGGGUGGUUAGAUAAGUGGGACAACAGAGGCAAACGUUGGACAGGGCUGGAAGAGGGGUUGAUAUGUGUCCGUUUGGUAGGGAUAGGUUAAUAGGUGUUGUAGUGUGUGUUUGUGGGAGGAAUGUUGAGGGCUAUGAUGUGCGUUGGACUGGUGGUAGGGAUGUUAUAACAAAUAACUGCAGUUAUAAGCCGCUGCCAAGGCCAUGGACUCAGGAUAUUAUGGUUGUAGGGGGGGACCAAAGAUCUUUCUUAAUGAAAAAGAACAUUUUGAUGGCAAGGGGGCCCAGAAAACUUGUAGUCUGCACCUCCAGACCACAUAUAUUGUUUCUGCGAGUCUUGCCGUGGUUUACCAUUGCAAUACACUUUCAGAAGGAGUGUAUUUUACCAAAAACGAAUGUAUCCGCCUCCCUCUCCUUACCUUGUGCCAAGGUGAGUGGAAUACUGACUCCAGGUUGUACACUGGGUGCUUCAUCUGGUCUGCACCUCUUGUGGAUGCAGGCCACUCGCAUUACUCGUUUUUGGCAGUGUAUUGCAAUGGUAACCCGCGGCAAGGCUCGCAGAAGCAACAUAUGUGGUCUGGAGGUGCAGACUACAAGUUUUAUGGGCCCCCUUGCCAUCAUCUUUGAUCUCCCCACUGACCAUAAUGCUGUAAAUCCAUGGCCUUGGCAGCCUUGUGGGAAAUCUGUCCUUGGGCAGAGUGACUUAUAACUGCAGUUAUUUGUUAUAGUACAGCAGUGUCAAAAAGGCACCCGAAAUUCUCAGGUCUCGACUGCCCAGAGAGAGAUUCCAGUCACAGCCAUGUCCAAUCAGGGUUAGUAAUUCUGCAGACUGCUGCACACAGGAUGAUUCACAAGAUCCAUAAAUCCCAGUUCUUUAUUUUUGUAUGCUUUUAUAUUACAAAGGACCCACUCUAGCCUGCCACAGCAUUUCAUAUUGUAUUUAAAUUAAAAAAUAAAAUGCUACUUUUGUAUCAAAGAAAAGAUUAAGUAGAUAAGUGAGUGCUAAAAUACGAGCAUUAUGUCUAAAUAUUGUCUGCUAUGAAUGUUGAAAUGGAAUAAAAAUUGCAUAUGUCGUGGACUUAUUAAAAGGGUAAAGGUGAAGGAGUGCAUGCAAGCCAGCGUUUGUAACAUGUGCACCCUUGUGGCUGCAUAUGGAACUGCAGGUAAAACAAUUUACUGAAUUCUACUCCAGACCCCAAAUACGCCUGUCAUAGCAGGGUCUUGCUCACUGCUCUAGAUGGCAAACCAACAGUCUAUUUAUUUUUUAUUGAAGCAAGCAGCUUCUGUCUACGUUAAUUGCAAGACAAUAACUUUAUUGGUUUAUUCAUUAGUGACCUCAAAAGCUUAAAGGAACACUCAAAGCACCAUAACUACUACAGAACACUGUAGUGGUUAUAGUGCCAGAAGUGGCCCGGUUCCCCUUCUCUCCAAGGUAAAUUGUCAAACCAUUUUAAAAUGGUAUAACUUCUUACCUGGGGUCAAUUCUCAGCUGGAAGCUCUGUGUUCUGAGCUAAGUUUGGUGGUGCUGGGCUUAGCUCAUUGCAGCAUGUUCCCUCUGUGGGGGAGGAAGGGGGAAGGUGAACAUAAGCAAUAUUUAUUUGCUGUGAGGUUAUUACAAACUAGUGGUCGAGGGGGAGGAUUGGGGUUUUUUUUUUUUUUUCUACUUCAAAUCUGACCUCUAGCCCACUGAAACUCUUAUACUUAGCAGUAAAUUCUGCAGUUGUCCCUGAAGUUCAGACUGUUGAUUAACUGAAGAUGUUUGACUUAUUUGUUAUGCUAAUGUGAAAAUCUGUGCUCAUGUUUCCAUGUAUUCUUUUGACAGCGCAAACAAGAUUGUCAGAACUACACCAACAAAUAGUAAGAGCAGAAGAACAGAUUUUAAAGGCAACCGAAGAUCUAAAAGAUUUGGAAGAUGCUGUUGCUAAGAAAAAGGUAGGUUUUAACCCAGAUGCAAACUCCCCUGCGCAGUUGGACUAAUGCAGCAAGGCAUGCUGGAUUGUAACUGGACAUGAAAACAUGGGAGUAAUCUCAUUCUAGGCACCAUGGACAUAUUCAUGAAAGUAAUGAUCAGACUGGACCCACGGAAAAGUCAUGUUUAUGAAAUGCUGUAAAGACAAAUUGUUUGUUUUCCUCCUGUAGAUUUCAGAGGCAGAAAAGGAAAAACUUCGGCAACAAUUAGGAAGCAAAAUCCAGCUGUUAAAUGAUCUGCGCCAGGAAGCCCAGGAGUUAGAAAACCAGAUGGACUGGCAGAGGGAAGAAAUUAGGAAGAAGCAGAAGGAAAUCGAAGACCUGCAAAGAAAACUGGACUCUCUCAAUCCCCAGGAUCCACAACAUGUAAGUGUUUUAGAAACCGAUUGACAUUGAUCGCUUAUUGGGUUGUAACUGUAUGCAAAGGGAAUUUCCGCCUUGAACCUCAGCGUUCAAACUUCCAUUUUUCCCUUUCUAUAAAUGUUUUUUUUAUUUAUUUAUUUGUAUCAAUCUUCAGAUUUAAGGUUGUGUUGAAACAGUCUUACAGUAAAGAUACUCCAAGCAUCAUAUCUGCUUUUUGCCAUGGGAUGGCUGGCAGCAAUUAGCCUAGGUUAGCCAACGAUUGGCCUUUUUGUGCGCAAAACUCACUGCUACUUACAGUGGUACAUGUUAGGAAUAUCACUAGCACUGUUUUAUCUCAUCCUGCUGCCACUUGUAAAUAUUCUGGUUAAUUCAUACACAUGUAUCACUUUUUGGUCAAUCACAAAUACUGCAUUUUCCUGGAAAUUACCCCAGUGUGCCAGUUUAGGAUGAAGAGCAUUGCGAUUGGGCAAUACCAGUCCAAGUACAAACCUUCAUUGCUCUGGGUUGUGCAAGGCCCUGCACAAUUCUUACCUUGUGCCUCACUCCGCAGUAACGACCUCCCAAAACAUUCAAUCAGCAGAAUAUGGGGCUGCGUGGCUGCAUUGAGAAUACAUAAUGAUUUUACAUUAAUCCAUAUAAUGUGAGAAUAUAAGGUCACGUGGGAGAAAAAGAUAAACUCCAUAUGCGGGAUUUAUUCACUAAACACCACAGUGUAGUGAAUUGAAAACUAAUUUAGGCAAAAUAACAAAGUUGUGACUAUAGCCGAAAACAGGGAUCAAGAUUUCAAGUCCUACACUGCGGUUUACCAUUACCCACACUAACAAGGGCUAAAUAUCUACUCACCAAUGACUGUUAGAGAUUGUAUUUUCAAGGUCUGACUGAGGUUUUAUUUUGAAACUGCCUACAUAUUACAAUUCUGUUUAGUUCACUAUAUAUCCGGUUUUGUUUUAAUUGGAGUGCAGCAGUGUGCACCUUUUUACAUUAUUGAUCACUUUGUUUUUAAUUGUUCAAUGCCUCUAACUGUUAAAACCACAGUAAUAUUGAUGUAACCACUAAACUGGGCUUGGUCAACAAUUGAGAAGGGAAAUUUCAAAUUUUGAGCAAAAUAGUUAAUCCGGGAAAGUGGGUUCUUGAAUCUUUUGGACACGAACAAUACUAAAAUGAUUUUCUGAAUACAUUUCUGAUACAUGGUGAAUGUAAUAGUGAGCUCGUCUUUCUUCAAUUAAAUGGAAAUCAUGUCCGUGCUCGAGUUUAAAAACCUGUAUAUUUUAUGCAAGGAUAUUAUGAAAAUGUGUUUUUAAUGCAAUAGUCAUUGUGUUCUUUAUAUGAGGUCAGAGCAGUACAUGCACACAGGGUACCAAAGUUGAAUUGCUCAAUAUUCAUUGUUGACAUGUUGCAUAGUUCGGUCCAGCCACAUACAAAAUACAGGAAGAUAUGUACCAGAAAUUCACACAUUCCUUGCCUUACCCAAAGUGCCAAAGCCCGGUUGGUUUAAUCUUUUUUUCUUUACCCAAGGAAGGGAGUCACAAGUGCUGAAUUGUAUCCAUCCGUUUGCCUUCUUCUUAUAACCCUGAAUGUUUAUUUUUAAUUAAAGAUUUAUUUUGGCUUUCUAUCCUUUCUAAUGCUUACCAUGAUACACAUUCCAUUAGUAAUGUCUGUCUCUGUGUAUAGAGAAUGCACCCUCUUCUCUCCUGGGUGUCCGAGCAUAGCUUGACUACCUCUCCCUAUAAUGUUUAGUUCCUUCUUACUGUAAUCCUCCAACUGUCUUCCUGUACUCUUGGACUUCUAACUACUUGUAUGAUGUGUCUGCUCAUUGUGCAUCUAUUCUGUCAUCGGAAUGCAACUCUGUAGUCUAUAUUAUCAAUUAGCCCAGUGGACCACCCAAUAAACCAGGUCAUAUAUAUUUUAUGUUUUACGUGUUGCUUUCUGAAGAAUGGGAGUAUGCAUUACUGUCAUAGAUCUAGUUUAGAUAGCUACUUGGACACCCUCCUCUAUCCCCAUGAGAAGAUUCUCUAAAGAGUCCCAUGUAAGUUGCCACAGAGUCUUAUUAGAAUAUAUUAUAUACAAUUAUUUAAAAAAAUAUAUAUAUAUAUUUUUUUUUUUUAAAUUAAACUGCUGAGAAUACAUGUUGUGUCCCUUAGUAUGUAUAAUUAAAGUGCCAUGUUCACCUUUUCUUUAGCAGUUCCUCUUUUGCUCACCCUAUUAAACACUGUUGAAGAAUGUACUGGGGGCGGGGGGUGGCAGCACUUGUGCAAGUUCGAAGUGAUCUUUGCCCGCCUGCCAACCUGUUCUCCUCGCCUAGAAUGUAUUUCCCACAAUUCCCUCCUUUAGCGCUCCUGCUUACUGUCAGCACACAUGGGGCAUUUUACUCUCAUAAUAGAUGAUUAGAGAAGAAAAAAGUGUGUUUACUUUUUUUCUUGUCAAUAUAUUUUAUUUAUUGAUGCCUCCCUCAAUUAUUUUAGUUCAAUGCUUACAUGGUGUACAAAUUUGCCCUUUAUUUUUGAUAGGAAAUGUGCCUUUAAUUAAUUUCCAUUAAGAACAGCACACAGGUAUUCAGCACAAGUAGUCUGUAAAAGUUGUUGCAAAAUCCUGUAAGUCUAAUGCAUACUAUAAUAAAUAAGUAUAAACUGUUCAUAUGACUGCAUGGAUAACUAGCCACGUGUGGGCGAUCAUGGGUGCACUGGCAGUGUAGAAUAGACCGAGGAAGUGGUUUGUUUAUAUACAAAGAGGUCCAGGGUCGGUGAUCAGGUUGGAUAGGUUUGAGGUCAGGUAUUAAUUAGCUUGAUAUUUUUAGAGCACUUACAGAUUCUGUAGCUCUUUACUAAUAAAACAAAACAGGUGCUUAAAAAAAGCAUACAUCAUAGAACAAGAGUGGCCAGAACUACAGCUCCUGUGAUGCUUUGCCAGAAUUACAGAUGGUAUCAUUUGGCCACCCUAGAACUAGAGGAAGUAUAGUGGAGGUAAAGUGGAGUAUAACCAUAGGGGAAGAUAUUCUUACUAUUUCUGAAGUCAUCAGACACUAACUACAGCCAAAAUCCCAUUGUGUAGUAUGGGGAAAUAGUGCCACAACAAGAUGAAUUGGGAUUGGGUAUUUUUAUUUAUUGCUUGUGGUUUUUUUUUGUGGUUUUUUAUAUAUAUAUUAUUACUCUUAAAAAGCAUCUUCACUUUAUUAGUCCUCUACCUUCCUGAUAUUGACAUGCCGGGAUAGGAGAUGGAUAGAAACAGGAUGAUUCUCUCGUCCUACCAGCUCCUCUCCAUACUGAACAUUAUUGGGAGAGGGCCAAAUUAAAAUAGCAGCUAUUCUUCAGGAGUAUAACUCCCACUGCUGUCGACCAGGUCAGGAAUGAUUUAUCCCGGCUCGGUUUUGAGAUAAGGGGACCAACACAAUAGAGUGAAACUGUUCUUUACAAAAACUAAUGCACCAACCAUGCAGUAAAAAGCCUGAUGGAACUUCUUGUGAAAAAAAAGCUUGGUCUAUCUUAUUGCGCUUACAUGUGCUUUAGCCAGUAAGGAAUAAUUUAUGCCACCAUCAAAAAAACGGGAAUAGAUAUGCUCACGGAAAAUGAAUGUGGGUGUGUAAAAAAAAAAAAAAAUUACCCUGGAUUUUAUUUAUUUACAUGAAUUUAGCAAGCGUGCUUAAAUAAUUCUGUUUUGUAAAAUAAAUACAUGUAUAUGAAGUUAUGACAUUUCUGAACAUCUUUUUUGUUCAAUCAAUUACAACUAGUGCUAAAUGCAAAAAAUAGUCCCAUUUAAUUUUUUUUAAUGCCCCUUUUUAUUUCAUGUCUUGUGUAGUGUUACAUCAUAUUGUUUACCAACACAGAGGAAAUUAGAUCUAAAGUCAUCUCCUCCCUGACUAAUGAGAUCUUCUGGGACCAACUAGUGUAAACAGCACAAGGGAACAAUUAUACCAAACUAUUCCAUACACAAUGCAUUACAUUGUAACAUAAAUAAUUCAUUUUUUUUUUCACACAGUUUUAUUUUGUUGUUUAGCUAUAAUUACUCAAAUCUGUCUCAGCAGCCAGGGGUUCUGCCUAGCUGCUGCAUUGUUGCUACAUGUUGCAAUAAAGAGAAGUUGUCUUGUUAGAAGAUAGACUUGUCUGUCUCACAGAGGAGAUCUGGCAGUUACAAAGCCUGCGUUUGGUUGGUCGGAUUGCUCUGCUUCCUGUGUUGUGAUUUCAAACCUUCAAGGGAGUUGAGCAAGGGGGAACAGAGCUCUGAUACAGCCCAGCUUCCUCUGCCUACGAACGCUGACAAAGAGAGGGCUUUCUUGCAGCCAGGGUGCUUGCUGCUUCCCAACCGGCCAUUUCACAAUGAGCUGAACGUUUCACAGAUGGCUCUGCAAUGUAAAGAAUCCAAAAUGAGGAAACGCUUAACUUUUCCGACCUCUUACUAAAAGUAUCAUUUUUAUAUUUUCCACUACAAGUUAAAUCAUGAGGGUGGGGUUUCUCCCAUGUCUGCUGAAGCCAACAAUGUUGUAAGUUUUUUAUUUUUUUGUUUUUUUUAUUUUUUAUUUUGCUGCUCUGCCACGUUUUAUAUUUAUUGUGUGUCUUGCUGUGCUUAACUUUGUAUUAUUGGGGACUAAAAGAUUUAGGACAGGUACUUUUUCUAACAGACGUGAAUUGAGGUGCAGUGAUGACUUUUUGUUUAUUAAAAAAAUGAUCUAGCCGUUUUGCUUGUUUUGUAAUAUUGUAAUUGCAUCUGUAAAGUAUAUAAAUAAAAUAUGUGUAAAUACAUAUACUGUGUAUUUAUAGACUUGCGGUUAUGGUGGAGGAAGAUUGGUGCCAUUUGUCAGUUUGUUGAUACCAAACCUUUAAGCUUGCUUACAGCCUCUUUAACCCAUUUAACCUUUUAAUCCCUGUUGUUGUACGUGGUGUCAUAGUGCUGCAAAGUCAAUCAAUUCUGUUUCCCUUUCUUUUAGUUGUCCGCAUCCUGUCCCCUCUGAGCACAGCAGAGGCAUUAAUCACAAUGUCACACUGACACUUCUGUAGAUGCAUUGCACCUGCUCUGCGCAUAGGACAUAGGUGGCAUAUUUCUAGUGUGUGCAACAGUGUGACGUGUUUAAGUGACAUUCUCAAACUCUGCAUGUAAAGUGCAUAAUUGUAUAAAAGACACAGUGGCACUCUAUACAGCAUAACAUUUUGAGCCUUGUAGCGUCUGCCAUAUUGCCAGCAAAUGUAACGAUAACAUGUCGUAUUUGCUUUCAAGAUUCGUUUAUGCACAGUUGACUCCAGAAUAGUGAUAUUGGCUGUGAGCAUGGUGACCUCAGAGGGUAUUUGUGCAUGCCAUCUCACAUUGCCCAACUUGCAGCAAGUGCCACGGAUUGUGCAGUGCCACACUGCAUUUUAUGACGUACUUGAAUCUGACCUUGUCAUCCACACAUUUGAGAGCAACAGGUUCACUUUAAAAGCAGCAAGCCUGUAAGAUGGGAAAAUUUCUACCAUUUGGUACAGAAUCCGACACGAGCCUUGUGCUUCUUUAUAUAUGGGAUUUCCUUAAAUCAAUGCAGAACAUCUUUGCUCAUCUAAUGAAUGCCUGGCUGUAGACACAGCAUUAACACGUUUUAUUUGUAGCCUUAGCCACAUGACAAAGCCAGUAGCACAAAGCAACUAACCAACUAUGGCUAGGCAUUUAGUUAAUCUGUCUUGAAUUUAAAAACAAGGGGCAGAACAUUUGGAUCAAACUAUAUAGCGUACCAAUGCUGUGUGAUAAUUUAGUGUAUUCUGUCAGGUGUUCUAGGAGUGUCAUGGCAACAAAAUAGUUUUUAGGCGUUUUUGUGUAUUAUUCAUAUUCUUUUACUCUGUUCCUUUCCCCGGGCCCUUUAAACAGUGUAAACACAAGCAUCUGGCUUUCUGCUCAUUCUACCUGAUCCAUUUUAUUGACUUGUCUUUCGUAUGAUUAAUAAUUAACAUCUUCUUAACUGUGGUACUGAGAUGUUAUUACUGCCGCAAAUAUCAGAUAAAUACAUUUCCUGGGUGAAUAUCAUUUUAUUUUCUUCCCUCUUAUUCGACUAACUAACUAUUUUUCAGGAUUUUUUUUUUUUCCUUUUAAUUAUUAAAGCAUAUCCUUUCUGUUUCCCAGUCCCAUGUGAAGGCCCAGAAGGCCGGCAAAGAACAGCAGCUGGACAUGAUGACCCAGCAGUACCAGAAGCUUGAAGGUCGUCUGGACGAGAUGCUUUCCAGAAUAGCCAAAGAAACGGAAGAGAUUAAAGAUCUGGAGCAGCAGCUCACUGAGGGUAGGUAGAACUGGCUGCUUGUUUGGCAGAUGGUAAUGGUCUUGAAAACUGUACAAGAACCACAAUUAUACAGCGUGACAUUUCUAUGGGUAACCCACAAGCAUUGGCACUCACAUGGAACAUUGCCAAAGCCCUUUAAAAGCUGACACAGUACUUAGGAAGUGCUUGGCACAGCUCACAAAUGUAAAUAAAGUUAAAUAUAGAAUGUAUUAAACACACAUAAAUAAAGAAUAUUCUAUGUGUAUCUGUGACGUGGCUGGGCAUAUUUUUGGCAAAUGAUUCUCAGCCGUUUGGAUGUCUGUAACAGGCGACUCGACUUAAUCUUCAGGUGUACAGUUAACUUUGUGACCCAUUCUGCAAGUCAAGCGUCUUGGUACCUAAUAAAUAAAAUAGUUUGUACAUCAAUACAGGUGACUGUGACAAAUAGUCCUGGCUCCUGGCAAUGUAAGGUUUCUGUGAACACUGGCAAAUACAUAAAAUCGUCACGAGUGGCUUUUAAAUUGGGUUAGCAUUUUGGAAGAUCCCUGAGUUACAUUUUUAAUGGUAGCUUUUGUUACUAAUUUAUAAACUGUACAUAAACACUCCAUUAACCCCUUUAUGAUUUCUCGAGGUCCUACGUUUACCUGCGCCAUGUUUACGUAGGUGGGCUGGAGACCUUAUAGUUUCCUUUAUUUUAGCCUUAAUUGUCAAUCCUGCUUUUAUAGAGGAUCAAACUCAGCAGCCAAUGAAUAUCCUUAUCCAAUGAAGGCCUAGCUACCCAAAGGCUGCCGCCGCAGAUGUUGUCAUUUGAAAAAUUGGGAGUAGACUUUGUUCCUAACACACCGUUUCCUGUACAGGAAAAUACAUGCUUGUGUGACGUUUUACGUGGGGGAUCUUAAAAUGAAAUUUCCUCUCACGCAUUUUAUGAGACAGCCAAGACAGUUUGUUUAAAGGUAAACUCACAUCCCAGGAUUUUUUUCAUCAUAUGUUUCCCAAUUCCUAUGUUUAACAAAUAUAUAUUUUUAAAAUCUGAAAAAUGAAAUUAAAUGUAGAAACUCUUUAACUCCUGUAACAGGGCGCUUCCAUUUUAGCUCUCUAUUAAUCAUUGUUAUAAACUCCAGCAGUCAGCGCAGGGAAAGUAUACCGAGAAAUGGAGAAGUUAGACAAUGUUUAUAGUGUUUCUCUGCAUUUGCAGUGUUUGCCCUGACUUUACUUUGUCUGAACAGGUCUAUGAUGUCAUUUGCUAAAUCUUUAACUUAAAUGUAAACGAACACCGAGCAUCCCAAAAAGGUUACCAGCAGUUCUGAGAUUUGCAAUGUAUUUAUUUAGUGGGGUAAAUUUCAGAGAAGUGACAGAUCCCCUUUAGUCAAUUCACCCAAAUACGAUUACACCUAAACAGCUUUCUCUAUAGACUGUAAGCUUUUCCAGUGAGACUGAUGACUGCUUCUCUCAGUUUGAUCUAAUGCAGUGAGAGGUGAUCUUGGACACUGCAUUUGCCGUGAAUGAUUACCAUGUCUCUCAGGCAGCCGUCUGCUGUAUAAAGAGCAAUUCAGGGAUAAAUUUCUAAAAGUUUAUCAAUCAGCAGGAACAUUCCCGUUUCCAUGGCAAUUGCCGAUUUCUAAAGCUGCGCCACAGAAUCAUCUUUUUUACAUGUCCUCCAUUCAUCCAAACUUUCUUUUUUCAGCCCUUCUAUAACAAAAUAAAGAAUAAAAAAUUUGCUGUGGUUUCUUUAGAAACCUCUCCCUGGCUACCCUCUGAAAUUCUGACAUUAAUGCCUGGUUUGCACUUAUCGUAUAUAAACGCUAUGUUAUUAUUUCAAAUAUUAUAGAGAACACUUACGAUCAUCCAGCCAGUGGGCUUUGAAAUAUAAUAUAUGGAAUUCUACUGCCCUCCCAAGCGUAUAUCGGGGGAAAUUCUGUAAUCUUCAUCAAAACAAAACGGCCUCCCCCAACUCCCUCAAACUACUCACAACACUUUCGAUUCCAGCUGAUCACAUGGUAUCUGUCCUCCCUGAGCCCUUUCCAGUCUGCCCCAUCCAGAAAAAAAAUUAAACUCUCAAGAAGUUAAAAGGAAAUGUGCAUGUUGGAGAUUAUGCAGAGAGUUUCUAAAAAUACUUCUCUGUAUCUAUUCAACAACAGAUUUCAGUCACCACCGAGACACGCACAAUGCAGAACAUCAUGGAAUCUGCACUUUAAAUAGUGGUGACAACGCAUUUAAAUACAGAAAUUUGGGGUGGCUAAAAUGUUCCAUGUCCAAGCUAAAAGGGGAAACAUAAUAAUUAACAUUUUAUAUAGCACCGACUUAUUCUGCAGUGCUUUACAAUAUUAUACACAAGACAACCUUUUACAGAUUUGACAGGAAUAAUAGGUUGAUAAGGACCUUGCUCAAACAAGCUUACUAUCAGGAGGUAGUGGGGUGUGUAGGGGAUAGGAUCCAAAUGACAUUGUGGGAAAGUAGCAGAACUGGAAGGUGAGAAUAAAGUGGAGUGGGAUCCACUAAUUAAGCUGAGAGGCAGCCAUCUAAAGUAAUAUGUUAAUUUUCUCCCCCUAAAGUAUCGCUGUUGCAACAGCUGUGAAAUUGCAAACCAGAAAUAUGGGUUUUUGGUGCCAUCAGUUUUUAUAACUUAUCUACUGUUUUCCAGAGUUUAUUUAAAUAUCCCCAUUAUAUCUGGAAUACUAACCGGACCCCCAGGUUGCAGCGUUUUUGGGUCGCAGUGGUCUCUUUUCAUGUACGUUUGUUUAACCUCGGUUGGUUGAAUGUUAACAAAUCUCAUUCUUCGUGUACUAUCAGGUCAGAUCGCAGCUAAUGAAGCCCUAAAGAGGGAUCUAGAAGGCAUAAUAGCUGGACUGCAGGACUAUCUAGAAAGUGUUAAAGGCCAGGCCAAGCAAGCUCACGAGGAUUGUCGUGAACUUCAGUCUGAAAGAGAGGGUUUACUUCAACGGCUGUCAGAACUGGAGGAAGAAAACAAGCAACUGGAGAUUGUGGCAAUGGAUGCUGAAAACAUGAGACAGGUAAUCCUCUGAUGUUGAGUCUUGCUGAAGAAGUGGUUGGUUAUAAACCAACUUUAUGGAAAAGGCAACUUUAUUAAGAUGGUAAUUGGUAAGGUCUUAAGACUAGUGUUACUGAAUCCAAAUAUACAAAGGGUGGUUUACUGAACCUUGAAUUUAACAAGAAAUUGCAAAUUAUAUUCCAGAAUAGCUAAGAUGGUAAUUCAAUGAGUUGUCGAGUGUUUUUCCAACUCAUCUAGUUUAACCUAAAACUUUUAGAUUUCCUCUGUCUUCCAGACAUUUCCAAGGUUAGUGGAUAACUCAGUGUUGCAUAAGUUUUUUUUCUUGAAGAGCUGGUAUCAUGAAAAAUAUAAAAUAUUUAUUCCCUGAAGGUCUUUGACAAAGAUGGUGCCAGAUCCACUAUUGAUAGUCAAAUAAACAGUUGAACUUGGCUUUAUAUUAUUUGUAGACAAUAUAGGUCUAGACCAGGCUCACUAAACAGCCAUCCCUAAUGCACAUAGGUUGCCUGCUUUACUUAUUAAUGUGAUUAUUAGUAAAUCUUAAAAUAUCUGAAAAGUUACAAUGCAGAGUGGUGAAAAUCAAAUCAAAUCUCUUUGAAAAGACCUGUUCAAAUUAGGGCAUUGUGUUGUCGUGACCUUUGUCGCUCUGUGAAUAUGUCUUUGGAUAGGCUAAUUGAUAUUGCUGGUUUGCCAAUACAGGAAAUUUCUGAUCUGGAGCGCAGCCUUCAAGAACAACACAAACUCAACGAAUCUCUUCGUCAAGCUCAGGGAGACCUCAGUGAGUACGAAGCAGAGCUUGAAGACCAGCUGAAGGUUCGAGAUGCAGAGGCCAACCAGUUAAAGCAAGACCUGGAGAGAUGGAAACGUCUCAGCCAAGUAAGCUUUUUGACUACUUCCAGAAUGUAAUGAUAGAUUAGGAAAACAAAUAUCCAAUUUAUGCUGAUGGUGGGUGUGCUGUUUUUUCAGAUGGAGAAUUCUGCUUUGCAAGCAGAGCUGGAAAAGGAUCGGCAGGCGCUGGAGAAUGCCCUCACUAAGGCACAACUGUUGGAAGAGAAGGAGAAAGACAACAAAAAGCUAUUGUCUCAAAUGAAGCAACUGCAGGUAGGAUCCUCUCUGGCUGCUCUGUGCACAAAAGCCAUUACUGUUCUUGAUGUUUUAUAUUAAACAUUCCCACGCACCACUGUUUGUUUUGGUCGAUGAACUUCAGUAUUUGCAAGAUACAAGCUUUGUGUUAACACUGGGGUGCUAGAUAUCUUUCUCUCUGUAAAAUGACUCCUUAAUGUGUACCGAUAGUCUUCUUAUUUUAGAUUUAUCUUUUUGUCUCGCAGGGAGAUAAUCAUCAUCUAAAAGAGCAGGUCGAAAAUCUCCAGACUCAGCUCGACGAUGCAUUAGAUAAUUUAGUGCACCCUGAACAGAUCGUCGCACGUGUUGCAGACCUGAAACGGAAACUGCAGACAGGGGUCGGAGAAAUUAGGUAAAUAUUGUUGGAGGUGGGGGAACACUCAGCGGUAGAAUGUAACAAUAUCAGGUGUGUUUUAUAAAAUCGUCUCCUCAGUGCAAAGGUAGAGUGUUUUACCACAAAGGAGCGAUACACAGCUAACUUUUUGCUUUAUUUAUAAAACACAGAUUCCAAUGAGCACUUCAAUUCUAAUUAUGCACUUAGAACAAAGUAGUAUUGGGUAGAAAAUCAUCACUUGUACAUGAACUAAAAGUGAUGGGCACUUUGCUCAAAAGAGCUUACACUCACUGACUUGGGGUCCAGUGUCAACUGAUAAUUCACAGCAUAACAUUCGCCAAUCCAGAUAUCCUCCCUGCAAGGUAACUUACCUGCUUUUUUUUGCUGCCAAUUUCAUCACCCUUGUGUUACACUACCAAUGUGUUAAAAAUUGUAAAGCGCAGUAGAAUGUGAUAGGGCGAUGUAAUGUGGGAUAUGUCAGAAAACAUCUGAGAGACAAAUUAUUACAAUUGUUAACAAGAAACAAGUGAUUAUUGAGUAUCCUGUUCAAAUGAGCUUGCAAUCUAGAGAAUAACCUUUUAUGUGCUGUGAGGGGUGAUUGAUGUAGAGCACAUGGAGUUAAUUAAGACAGAAGCACUACAUGCUUAAUUUUGCAAGUAAAUGAAAAUAAGUAGUAUGUUUUGUUUUUCCAAUUUGCUUACUUUUUUGGUCAAUAAUAAUCUAUACUCCUCUUCUCUCAUUUGCAUUUCUGCUAAUUUGUGUUAAUAACUUUUAUAUAUGUCUUUUCAAUGUCUGUCACACUGUAGGUGUUCCAGUGGCUCGGACGUUCUAGGGCAAAAUCUGGCUGAUCUCCAAAAACAAAUCAACGAACAGCUUGCAAAGGCUCAGGAGGAAAAGAGAGAGGCCUUGGAAAGGCAGCAGAGAUUACAAGACGAAAUCGCUAUAUUGCAAGGGAAGGCUAAGGAUGCUCCCGGAGACUAUAAAAGAGCCUGCAACAAAGCAGCUGAAGCGAGGGUAUGUGGAAUGUUAAAGAUUACAGGGGGUCGCCGUCACGGAACUCUCCUAGUGCUUAGGAUUUCAGUCUCCCAUGAUGCUUUGCCAGAAAUAGAAUAAGGAAAGAAUGAUUUGUUACACAGUCCAUUAGUAUUUAAGUAGUGACUCCAUUUUUAUUUAUUUAUUUAUUUUUUCUUGUUUUGAACUCAAGCAUAUGGAAUUUCAGAUGAAAUGUUUUUCAUCAAGAUUGAAUCUUUAUGAUAAACUCAUAAAUUGUGUUGGAAAAAUCUUCAAUAUAAAACAUCCAGGUGUAUGGUGAAAAAUGAACUUUAUUUAUACAGGAACAGGCAUUGUGAUUGACAGGUAGACACACUUUAAGAUUAUGUUCAGUGUAGGACUUACAGUACUUUUCAUACACUCUGGCCUGUUGGUCACUAUGUAAUUUCAGUCAUAAUAUCCCGUGUUCUGGAACACACAGCCAAAACCUCAAAACACAUGCUGCUGUCCAAAUACGCAAGGACCGCACUGACAAAUAUUUACUGCUUUGUUUGUUUUUUUGCAGUUGAUGGAAGGACUAGACCAAGCAAUCUUUUCUGUGAGAUAAUGUAAUUUAAAAUGCCAAGUUUGAACCACCUUUUUUAUCGCUGUAGAUACAGGCAGAAAGGAGGCAGCAUGAAGCUAAGGAGCGCCAGAUGGAGAAUGAAAUUCGCCGGCUAAAUGAAAAAUUAAAAAACAUGGAGGAAAUCCAAGGCCUAGCAGACCAGCAACUCGUGGAGGCUGAGGACGAGCGUGAGAAACUCCUCCUGGAGCUGCAGGAUUUAGAGGACAAGGUUUGUUGUACUAUAAUUCACUUGUACAUAUAGUGCAGUCGAUUGCCGCAUAAUUCAUCAGCACACUCAGUGAUCGUGAACUAUGGUGCAAGGACAGCAGAUUAGUCAGCAUCAUCUGUAAGAAAUUUAAAUCUGAUGCUUUAUUGAAUCAGAGGAUCAGCAAUGCUUUGUUCUACAAAAAAACCAACAGAUCUCUGUCAAAGCCUAAUACAGUUCAUGGAGACCGAAGUCUAAGUUUGCGGUGGGCCUAACGCAGCCACAUUUUCACUAACUCAGAGUGCUAAAUUACAGCUAGAAGGAGUGUGUCCAAAAAACUUCUAACAUUAGAACUGCCCCUUGUCACCACAUCCUCAUUAUCCUUAAACAACUACAUCAGAAAAGAAAAAUAAAUAUUAGAAAUAGAAUAUAUAUGCAUAGUUUUUUUUUUGUUUUUUUACAUAUUUAUAUUUAAUUUUACAAAAAAUAGUUUACAAAGACUUGCUGGUGUUAUUUCACAGACGGAGCAAAGUGUCUUGUAAACAAUGCAACACAAUAAAAUAGAAAUAAACUAGCUGAACUCUUUCUUUCUUACUGUAGAGAAAAUUAGAAGAUGCUCGGGCACAGAAACAGUUGUCUAGUCUAGAACAAGAACUGAGGGAGCUGAAACGCGCAGUGGCGAUCUCCGACAAGAUGGCUGCCUCUGAACUUUCCAAUGCUAAAGAUCAUCUGAAGUCUCUCCAUGGAACAGUCCUUAAGCUAAAUCAGGAGCGAAUGGAGGUAGGCGACUGUGUGGUUAAGAUUGGUUAGCAUCUAUUUAGAUUGUUUCAGUAUAGUCUGGAGUGCUGGAUAGUUGAAUAUAAAGUAAAAGCUUUCCAGAAUUGACGGAUACAGCAUGUCUUGACUUACCCUGACCACAAGCACGCAAUCCGGACUCUAUAAUACAAUAUGGGUCCACAAGCAAUCCGGACUCUAUAAUACAAUAUGGGUCCACAAGCAAUCCGGACUCUAUAAUACAAUAUGGGUCCACAAGCAAUCCGGACUCUAUAAUACAAUAUGGGUCCACAAGCAAUCCGGACUCUAUAAUACAAUAUGGGUCCACAAGCAAUCCGGACUCUAUAAUACAAUAUGGGUCCACAAGCAAUCCGGACUCUAUAAUACAAUAUGGGUCCACAAGCAAUCGGGACUCUAUAAUACAAUAUGGGUCCACAAGCAAUCGGGACUCUAUAAUACAAUAUGGGUCCACAAGCAAAUGACCUUGUCAGUAAAUGGCUGCUGUAAACUGUUGCUAAUAACAGAUAAAGCCAGAUGCAGGAUUGAGCACUACAAUUCAAUAAAGUUGCGUUAAAAACAACACACAUUUACACUUUUUUUUAUGUUGCUUGCUCAUAGUGUUAUUCACGAAAGUGAGAAUUCAAAGAGAAUUUCAGACUUUAGGCCAGAGUAGGCGAUCCAAAAGCUUAGCUGAUUUAGAGAAUUUUUCCAGUUUAGUUAUUUUGAUGUUAAAUGCAACUCCAAAACGGAUUAAUUUGCCAUUAUCAGGAACACUUGGUCCCACGGCCUGGGUCUUUCAGAUUUUAGUUUUUACAAUUUGUAAAGUAUGUUCUUGAGCUCUAAUCUCACUCCAGCUUUGUGGGUCAAGCAAGCAUCAGACUUGUUUUUAAUAGUUAUCAGAGUUGCAAUAAAACAGAUUGUGAGCAGAGGACCCCCUGGGUAGAGGCAACUAAAAAACUGAAUGUUGGAGUUGUAGAAUGGUCCUGAGUUAGAGUAUAUGACUGGGCUGAAAUCCAGAGUUGUGAUUUUCUUUCUUUUUCCAUAAAGCAGAGCUUAAUCAAAAUCUGCCUGUGUUUAGUUUUUUUGUAUUUAUAAUGCCAAUUCUGAAUAUUUUGUUGCGUAAAUUUAGGAACUAUUUUACCACUACUGUGUUCUGCAUACAAUAACAUUUUCUGGUGGCAUUAUCGGAAUGUUAUUUUGAUUCUCUUGUUUUGUAACGUGAUAGAUGGCUUUGGUAAGCCAACAGCCAAGCUAAACAUAAUAAGAUGAGUGAGGCUUGACUACUGGAAGCUACUUACCAUUCUGAUUGAGCCUUCCAGAGCCUUCAGAAGGAGGUGCUAUUAAGAUUCAAGAUUUUUUAACCUUGGCAACAAUUUUCAAAUGGGACCCAGUUUGUUAAAACACAGCAUAAGUCAGUCUUAUUACUGAUGAUUGGUAUUUGUCACACCUUUUUGGUUAUGUGUUUUGUUUUGUUUUUUGCUUACAACAGGAUAUGCAGGAAGCAGAAAAUGUCUGCUCUCAGACAGCCCAGGCUUCUCGAGACCUUGCAAAAGCUGAAGCAGAGAUUGAUCUGCUGCAGAGUCUGCUGAAGGAGACAGAAAAACAGGUAUGGUUUACUGGUCAUUCACUUUCUCUGUAGCAAACGGAUGCAUACAGGCGAAGAUGGCUACAUUUCCUUUUAAAUUUUGCUGACUGGUCUUAAUGUACGUCACUUCCCUGCCCAAUGUCCUGGCUAACUGUGACUGGUGUGCGUGUUUGUUCUUCCUCAUUAAUUUAUUGCAGUCCUUUGAUAGUUUUUUGGGAUGUUCACUUGUAACAAUGUAAAUGACACUAUUUGUUAGAAGAAAAAAGUGUCUAUAUCUGUGCUCCAAAGACUGGUGUACACAGACAGAAUGAUGAGUCUGUUGCUAAGUGCAGCUCCUAGCUGCUGUAAAGCAGGGUUGGUGAGAAUGCUUGUGUAACAGGCUGCAGCUGCUAGUUGUCACAAGACAAACAGCGGAAGUGGACAGAUUGGUGGAUUGUGUGUGUUACAGGCUGCAUCUCGUAGCUGUGUCACAUGACGCUCAGAAUAGGGUAGAAUGAGGACAUGUGUUGUAUCUGUAUCGGCUCACUAACACAACAAAGCGCUGAAUGACUCUGAUGUGGAAUUGUGGCCUGACCUGACAAAGACCAUUAAAUGCUGCUGGUGUAUAUGUAUCACUUGAUUAGUACGCCUGACGUCUCUUUCACAAGUGCAGCAUCCAAAAUUUAGGAAGGGAAGUCAUUCAUUUCCUGUUUGUAAUUGUUUACAAUGAAACCAACUUCUCACAUACAAAGAUUUAGCAUCAGCCAGCACAUGCACAGACUGGGCUGACAGGGAGGAUGUGAAAGGGCCCAGACUCUCAGGGUAGGUGAACUUUAAACUCCCCUUUCAUCUUUCUGUUCAUUCUAUCUAUUGGUAGCUCCAAGAGGAAAUGCAAAACGCAGACUCCGGGAUCGCUGCAUCAAACUUGCAGCAAGCAGAGAUUGACAAGCUGAACCAAACCAUGAGAAAGCAAAGGGUGGAAAUGGAUCGACUGAAGCAUCUGCUGGAUCAUGCUAACGCUGGUAGGAAUUUAAAAAAAAAAUGUAUACGAGUAACAAAUGCAAAAAUUAGGGUGGAACCACCCCAAAACACAGACCUUUUACCUCAUCGCGUGUCACCCUUCAAUUUGUUUCUCUUCUCUCCCUCACUAUUAAUCAGUUCUUCCUUUAUUCUUUUUGAUCUGUUUCUCGUAAAAUACAUGAGGCAAAGUAUAUUUUCCUCCGCUUGAUAAAAAUAUCACCGUCAAAAGGCAUUGUCUUGCUCAUUGUGAGACUGUGUCUGUGGAGGGAUCCUCCAUAAACAUUAGUGUUGUAUUACUGCGCAUGCACAAGGACUCCUGUCUAACUAAAGGUUAGCAGCGAGUCUUACUUUUAUUUUGCUCAAAUUCUUCGUAGUGUCUAUGUAUUGUUUACAUUACAUGCCUGGUUUUGUGGACCUGACCAGUAAAUUACAUUAACCCCUACAGUGUUUUAUAUGUUGCACGGGCACGUAAUACUAGAGCCUUCAAGCUGGUAUUUUUGUACAAUUGUCAGUAUUUGCCCACAACUCGGACACACAGCUUGUGCGUCUAAGGUGGUAAGUGUGCGUUUUAAUUACCUUCACAGUACUAUUCACAAGGAAGGAACGGUUUAUUCCAGAGAAGUGAGAGUUCCGCUUUAAAGAGGAAAUAAAACUUCAAAUAUAUAGUUUUAUGGAAACGCUUAACUUAAAAUAAUUUUGGAGUGCAUGGGGCAUUUUUACAAUACAGAAAAUUAACGCCAUAUUUACGUUUUUAAAAACCGUGCUCAGGAAGUUCACUUGUGACAUCUCCAUGUGGCGAUACAUCUGAUGAGGGCUGAGCUAGCAAUUUUAAAUCCCUUGGGGUUAUUCAAUAAAUUGUGACUUGUAGAUUGACGAGGGAAUUGCAAAUGUCAGGAAAAACACUAAGGCCUCAAUUUUAAUAUUUUUGGAAAAGCUUUCAAAUGACUUCAUAUUUUGAAACAUAUUUCAAUAUUUUGAUAUUUUUUCAAUAUAUUGCUAUAUUUUUAUAUAUUUGUAACGCUUAUUCCAAAAUAUUAAAUCAAGGCCUGAUUUGGAUUUUUUAUUUUUUUUUCCUGAUUGUCUGUUUUAGCUUAGAAUUUCCAGUUUCCUGCAAUUCUCCGUUCGGUGCAUAAUCCGUCCAUUUAUCUAUACAUUGUUCUAGCAGACAUAGCUAAGGGACUCUCUGCAAAUAUGCCAGUCACCCCAAAAUGACUCCCCUGGUGGAGGAAGUAGUGGUGGUUAACCAGGGUUUGUAUAAAUGUUUUCUGUGAUCUUACCAAGUUAUUCACUAAAGUUCGAAUUGUCGGGAAUUCCAGGUGAAUUUCACAUUUCAGGGCAAAAUUGCCAAGCUGGGAGCAUAGCUGACUUGGAGAAUGUCUCCAGUUUGACUAUUUAAGCCUUAAAUUUGAAACUCACUUUCAAUUCUCAACAGUGUUCACUUUGUGAAUAAUCCUUCCUGUUAGGAAGUCUGUAACCUAUUUUGCUGAUCUUGUGCCAUUACAGAUAACGUUGGGGAGAUAGAGGAUCUGCUGGAUGAGAUUGAUAACCUCAGGCAUGCCCUUGGCUACCAGAACGAUUACCUUACCAGUUUGACCAACCCAUUCCGUCGCAGAGGCUACUGGUAUUAUAUGCCUUCCUCAUCAAAUGUAAGCCCCUUCUUAUUUGUGUGUAUUAUUAAUCAUUACCGUUCAUGCAAUGCUUUUUUUUUUUUUACUUUAAGAAAAGUACAUUUACAUUUUUACUUAUUUUAUUUGGGUUUUAUUUGCUUAUUUUUUUCUCCACUUACAUAAAAUAUAAAAUUGUGUUCUAACAAUUUGAGUCUGCUCAUUAAAUCACCUAAAAUAGUACAACAUUUUAAGGAAACUUAGUAAUAAUAGCAAAGCAUUUAACCAGUCUGACUCUUGGCUCCAUGGUUCAGUUAAUAUGAUCCGAUUUUUAAAAUGCUUUAAGGGACGAUUGAUGAUCAGGUUUUGGGCAUCCAUAAGUAAUGAAUCCCAAUUUAAAAUAACUAUUGCACCUUCACCUGCAGCUUUUAGCUAAAGUUCACUUAUUAUGUUUAUUGAAAAUUAUGCGGUUCCAUUUUGAUGCAUUCUGAUGAAUUGUAGCAAUCCAUACCUCUGGGGUUAAUAAAGAUCCUUGACAUUAAUAUCCUGAUAAUUGCUGUGAUCCUUCUACAUGACAUGUAUGUGUUCAGCUUUUAAAGGGUUGGUUUUAAUAUAAGCCAUAAAAGGAAAGGAAUGGGUACUAAAAUCAGGUAAGGAACCACUGCAGCAGAUAACGUAAUUCCAUUUUUGGUAUUUUAACAAUUCUGUCUUUUAAUGUGCCUCUCUUGAUUUACAGUCAUUGGGACUUGAUUCUGCCAGCACUAAAGACUCUGGAGUUGGUGUUCAUUACCCAAUGACCUCAUCGCCUGCAAAACGAAAAUGCAGCCAUUGCAAAUAUCCCAAAAAGGAAGAUCGUGCACACUUUGGACAUUGGGUCUACUCUCCUCUCCGACCCGGCCUGCAAAGACUGCAUACUAACAGAGGUAACUUCAGACUUCAAACUGAACUGCAAGUAUACACUUACCUGAAGAUCACAGUCACUUCUGCCUUAUCCAAGCAUCACUAAGUGGCAGAUGGGAGCACAAGUGGCUGACAAACGCCUAAAUUGUACCAGUAAAUAGAUCUCAUGUUAAAGUUUUCAAUAUAUUGAUAGAUUUGCAGGUAUUAAAUAGCACAUUGUGUAGAUGACCUUAGUAGUGCAUUAAACGGUUUCCUUUCCCCUACAGAUAACAGAGAUGACGACGAAGAGAAUGGACCCACAGUGCCACCGACGUGUCACUUUGUGCCUCCUCCAGGCUCCGUUAUUUAUACUGUACUUCCAGAUGGUACUCCUACACCCCAAGGAACUGUUAUUUAUGGACCCCCUCCCCCAUAUAGCCCCAGGCCGGUGGCUCCUGGAACGGUUAUAUAUGGACCUCCACCAGUUGGAACACAGAUUGUGUAUGGACCACCCCCACCUCAAUUUACAAUUCCUCUUAUCCCUACUGGGGUACUUCACUGCAAUGUGCCCGCACACCACAAUAUGGUAAGUUUUGUGUUUAGCCUUCACAUAGACCUUUUAGUACUGGGUUUCCACAAAAGUGUUUCCUAUUCCUAGUACACAAAUUUAAGAUCUGGAAUUAAAAAAAAUGAAAACACACACACACGUAAAAUGUAUGCAACUUCACAAACUAAUUUAUUGUGUGUACAUAUAACGAUAUCUGUUUGUAACAAACAUCUUUUUGUUUGUUCAGUAUAGUAAUAGUUUGUUGGUACUAAUAGAAACCAGUGAAUUGCAACAAUUGUAUUUAAAUUCCAAUCAAUCCCAUUUGAAAGUUUAUUCACGGGGUUUUUUACGCUGUGCCAGUUAGCAUGAAGGGAACCGUAAGACUCGGGACCCAGAUUUAACCUAUACCAAUUAGUUGAGCCACUUGAAUGAAUUUGUGGCAUUUAGACACAUGGGCAUCCAAGCUGUUUCUACUGUUAUAGUGAGAUAACACUUGACUGCUUUUUCACAUAAAUUGUGCGUUGUGGGCUCUGAGUUAAGUUUCUGUCAUAAUUGGUUUGGCAAUGUUUGGCUCUUGCUUUCCAAUCCAUUACGAACGAUCUCCGCUCUAUCUAGGAAAAUGAAGUUACUCGUCUCGAAGACAUUAUUGAUCUUCUGAAUUCUCGUCGACACAAAGACAAGAAAACAAAGGAAAGAUUACGAGACAAUAUAGAUAACCUUGAGCAUCAAAACAAAGUCCUGAUGAAGGAAGCAGAAGAACUGCGCACAAGAUCCCAGAAACGUAAAAGAAAGUAAGUGUUGCUGAUAUGAAAUCCAGAUGUUGAAGGACACGGACAACUGAUGACCUAGCAUGGGAUUCUCUGCAGGUUCAUAGUUGGUGUAUGUUCUCUCUGUAACCGCAAAAACGAUUUAAACUUUGUUUGAGACGUGGGUGGGUACCUGCGUCUUGCACCCUGUUUUGACUUUUACAAUAUAGGCCUAAUCUGGCAUAGUUCUAGUAGACAUGUGGGCAAAGUUCCUUCUUCAGGUGUGGCCAGAAAACUAGAUUGUUGAUUUUCAUGCAGUAUGUAGGGGAUAACGGAGUAGUAAGCUUUCCCCCAAACCGUUUACAUACAUCAUUUCAUCUUUUUGGGCAGCGACUUCCAAUAGACUGGCACCUACCCUGUACUAUACAAACUUACAAUUUCUUCUUCCUGUUCUGAAUGGUUUCUUGCUGGAUAAGUUACUAAUUCUUCUCUCAAUUGCAGAGACUUUGUCGAAGGACAUCUUGACAACCUGUUUACAGAGCUGAAUCUUGAAAAAUCCUUGCAGCACCACGAUGACAUCAUGGACGAGAUUGAAUGCGUUGAGAAAACCCUCCUUAAACGCCGGGCAGAGUUGUGCGAGGCUGACCGACUUCUGGCUGAAGCUGAAACAGAAAUGAAGAAUACACGCGAAAAGGUAUGCACUGAGCACUGACUGUUCCGUAACUACGUGCAGACACUCACCAGUGCCAUUUUUAUUUUCCUGCGCUGCAGUCCUUGGCUGAGAAUGAUGUGAGCAGUAAUCCAGUAUGAGAGCUGGAGAAUUAUAAAAUCUAAUGCUUUGAGUGGACCUCACAUCUAAAUGUUUCUGUAAAAGGGAUUUAUACAUAGUAUUACUUGUAAUUCGAUUGGUCUGAAUUUCUUGAUCUCUGUUAUUUAAUUGACUUGUUUUGUUUCCUUUUGUGAAAACAAUCAAAUGUUUGCAACCAAAAGGAAUCCGUGUGCAACAAUUCUUCAAUAAAUAUGUAAAAAUGUCAUCUUACCAAUUGAUAGUAAAGUAAUUACUACUUUACUUUAAGGUUUGGGGUGGUGGGGGUUGCAUUGAGAAGCUACAUCAAAUUUUUUUUAAAGCCCUCAGUGACUGUUAUUGGUUAACAAAAUAAGCACUGACUGUAUGUGAUGUCAUCAGCCAAUCAGGAUCUAAUAUUCAAACAGAUGAGCUGUAGAAAUACCAGCACGCCACUGUGCAGGGAAGGGGAGAUGGUCAUUUGACCGGUCAGGUGAUAUAAAUGCCAUCUAAGAAAGUCUGUGUAAAAGGCAACAGACCACAAGUUGUGCAGAUGUUUAAUUAAAAUUAAUUCUUGCAGAUCAUUUUGCAAUGAAAUCUAUGGGAGUUACUUUCCUGGAAAACCAAACCCUAUUUCCCAGCGUUUUAGGGGGAACUAAACCAAUAUUAUUUGUACUCUAAUGUUUCAUUCUAUUUUAUUUAACUUUUUAAAACUCCCUUUGGUGAUGUGAUUGCAUCAGAUUCUUCGCUGCCUUCAUAACUUUCUUUGCUCCGUAAUAGGGUCACAUUGAAAAGUAAGCACUUAUUUUAGUAUUAACACGCUCUAUUCUUGUUAUACGCCCCUGGUGUCUUUAAUUGACAUUUGUAUCAAAAUGGAUAUAUUUUUUUUCCCCCUCCAGACCACUGAAUUAAUUGAAAAGUACAACUGUGCCAAAAAGCGCCUUAGCCAGACGGAGAGUGAUGCAGAGGAGCUAGAGCGACGCGCACAAGAUACCGCCAUGCAGCUGGUAAAAGCUAAUCAGCAAUUGAGGUAAAGUUUGGGGUAUAUGUGGAUUUUUAUUUAAAGAGGGCAGUAGCCAAGCUUUUCAGGACAUUCGUUUUGGAUCAAACAGAGAUUCCAUUGUUCUUGUGUUUGGUGGUAAAUCUAGAAACCCUGUUUUAGGAUCUUGCAAACCAACGCACAAGACCUGGAGCAACAUCGACUGGAACAAGAGAACAUCCUAAAGGAAAUCAAUCUGGUGGUAUCUGCCAAGGACGCCGAAUUCCAGGCUCUCAGCAGCAAAAUGGAUACAAUGGCCGACGGGUAACUAUAUCCUGAAAAUCUAUUUUAAACCUCAUUGGGGCAGAUUUUACAUACCUGAAUCCUCCUCCGUGCCGGAAAAUAAACCUAAAAGCUUAUAUAAAGGAGGACAUCAUGUUAUAAAAGACUUUAUACCUGGGACUUGUUCCUGUUAGAAUCUGAUUUAGAAAAGCUCUGAUCAGAAGUACUUUCCAUACAGACAGGGAGGGUAAUAUGUCGCUCUCCCUUAUAAGCUAAUUUCAUGUUUGGAUGCUAGACCACCUGUUUGUGGCAUGUUCCUAGUUUCUCCUCCCACAUGCCCUAAUACACUCCUAGAAGGAGACAUGUGGUCUCUGGGUAAAGAAUAUACGUGUUUCCAGGUGGAUGCCUGAGCCAUAGACCUGCUUUAAAGGGAUACUGUAAUUGCCAGGAAUUCAAAGCUGUAUUCCUGGCACUGUAGAUCCUUCUGCCUCCCUUCUCUAUCGCACUCCCAGCCCUGGCGAAAAAAGGGUUAAAAACUUUUUAUUUACUUAUCUGAUCCUAUCACCAAUGUCCCUCGGUGCCGGGUCGUGGCUCCUCUGUCCUCUGACGAGCAGUGCUGCUACUCAAGCGCAGGUGCUGCGGCACAUGAGACCUCCCCAUAGGAAAGCAUUGAAUCAAUGCUUUCCUCUGGGAAAAAUCGAACGCUGGAUGUUCUCAUGCAGAGCCUAUAAACCAAGGGUGACCAUUGUAGAAUGGCAAAGCAUCACGGAAGUUUUAAAACCUCAAUUUUUGGCACCUCUGAUCUGGACCAUGGCUUGCACAUCCUAGAGUUGUAAAAGACAACCUUCUAAUGAUCACUCGUUAUGUCCAGUCUCCAGAAGCUCCAAGCUGAUAUACAGGUGGCAGAAGGAAAGGAAGAUCUGCAUUUAAAUACCCUGCAAGAAGCUGAAAGUAUUCUGCAGGACAAGGUGGUCUCACUGGAACGCUUAAACUCUCAGGUAAUUUUUAAGAGACGUUUGUUUCCAAUUGUUUUUUGUGACAUAAGUGUUAGAGUUACAGGACUUGAGGAUACUUUCUCAGAACCUUUCAGCGAAGGCUUCUUUCAUCCCAAGCAGGUGAUUUCUUUAUUAAAUGUGUUUAUUGGUGUGUGUUGUUGUUGUGUAUUGGCCUAUAUUAAUGUGUACAUAAAUAGUGCAAGUGAAAAAAUAAUUCCAAAUAGAUUACUUAUUUUGAAAUUGUGCACACCUACGCCAGUCUGUCUGUCUUUCAGUCACGUAUUGAUUGAUUGACAGACGGGUGUUUGUAUAGUGUAUAUUUUCUGUAUUUAAAGCCCGAUGAAGGGAUUUUGGUGCUUCCACUUAUUCCGUGUGCUUGGAUUGCUGAUGUAUACACAGUGAGUAUCUGCCCAUUGCGAUCACAUGCUGUGUAGGGGGCCAGUCCUACAUGCCCCGUUAGGAUCAUUGUUUUGCAGACCAGGACAGAGGUUACUAUAUGGAAAUGUCACUUAUUCCAUGAUUAGAUUUGUCUCCUAUCCAUAUGGCAUGUUAAACAUGUAAUAAUUCAGCAACCUAUCUUCCAUUGCAUGAAAUACCUCCUACCUUUAGUUCUUGUGUCAUUUUACCCCACUCCCCCUAGAAUGAAGCUCGUAUGAGCAGGGCCCCCGGCACCCUCUUUUCCUGUGUGUCCAACUUGCCUUGUUGUAAAUACUUGUUUGUUAUUCCAACUAUUGUACAGUGCUGCGGAAUGUAUUGGUUCGUUAGACGUAAUAAUAAUUGAGUGAAAUAAGGGAUAAUGAUUGCAUUGUAGCCCUGGGUGUAAGUAAACUAUUAUUCUAAAUAAUACAUCCAGGGGACACUCAAAAUUAAAAGUAAUAAAGAGGUGCACAAAGUUGAGGCUCCUGUAUUUGUUGCUAAUAUUCAGUGUUUCUUCAGAGGUUUCUGCAGUGAGUUUUGUGCAGACUUAAUAUUUUACAGCAUUUCUGAUAUUAUCCCGUAAGCAGUGUUUUAUGGGUGAAGCAAAGAUUUCUGGGAGUUGUUUAGUUGUCAGCUUUUCACUGUAGAUUGUAAAACUGAUUUGUUUUUGUUUGCUUUCCCCAUUUUUGGUAUGUAUACUGUUUUUUAAAAAAUACUAUUGUCUUCAGUGUGUAAUAAGGUACAAUAUUAUGGUUUUAUUCAGAGGUCAAACACUCUGUAAACAGCAAUGCAGACCUUUACAACUGCUGCAGAGUAUGGUGUUUAUAACACUUUGUAUCCUCUCUGUUUCUUAAUAAAGGUAUCAACACAACAGCAAGAAAUUGUGGAGCUGGACAGGCUCAUUGGCCAGAAGAAAGAGGAACUGCGUCUCAUUCAGGAUCACAUUGAACAAAAGAAAGCAGAUCUAAAGGAAGUCUUACGGGAUGGCGAGCUGGAUGUGUCUGAGCGACGGCAGGAGAUAAAGGUAGAUUAGAUCUCAUACUCUGUUUAUAUUCAGAUUUUUGUUUUAAUUUUUAACUUCACGUGAAAUGUCUACUGAUAUACCAAAAACUAUUGAAUUACAGCCAAGGUACACUCAAAGAAGAGGGGUAACCCCUAGUGAAAGUACAUAACAAAAAAGAAAGCAGAGCGUACCUAACAGAAACGCAAUACAAAGAGGGCUAUCACUGCGUGAAAAAUGUGCAAAUGAUGCACAGUAUCCACACAAAAGGGGUCUAAAAUAAAAAUAACAAAUAACUUUAUUUGGAAUACAUGGUAAAAGAAAAAAGAAUAGAACAUAAAUGAAAAUUUAAAACCAACCAAAAUCAUACCCCAUAGAAUAAAAGGUAAAUGGUUGAUGUCUGAAUCAAUACAGCACACUGCACACGUCUGUGCAGGGUGAAAAAAGGGAGCGCAACAAAGAGGGGGGAUAAUAGGAUGAAAAGAGCUAUAUACAGUACUGUAGAUUAUGCAAAAACUAGAUAGCUAACUAGUAAAUAGAAUAAUAAUUAAACAGGAUAACUCGCUAGUGUAAAAUUGCUACAGAGAUGUCACAUGUCGAUAGUAACGAUUGUAGCACUGAUUGCAAAGGUUGUGCGUAUCAGAUAGCAGAUAAAUGAAACGUUAUAACUUUUCUGUGAUAAUAGUGAGACUGCUGCUACCAUUAGAUACAAAGCGUAGCUACAAAUUUAGUACUACAGUGUAGAGCUAACAUACUUGAAAUAGCUGGAUAUCGGCAAUGCUGUUGGCAACAGAAAGAAUAAAUGAUAGUUGAUAUGAAAAAUAAAUGGGACUGAGCAGCUAGACUGGAAGUCUGCAACAGAGUAUAUAAAGGAAGAUAAGAGGCAGAGAAAGGAGAGUUAUCCUAAAGCUAAAGAACACCCCCCGUGUGCCUUCGAGGGCACCAGGACCUAACGCCCACUAAAGAUCGCCUAUUAGAGACAGCAACCAGAGAGAAGAUACAAUAUAGUAUGGAAGGGUAGUAGGUAGAUGGCGAAAAAUUGCGCCAGAUAUCCCCUGACGCGCGAUCUUCCUUUAUAUACUCUGUUGCAGACUUCCAGUGUAGCUGCUCAGUCCCAUUUAUUUUUCAUAUCAACUAUCAUUUAUUCUUUCUGUUGCCAACAGCAUUGGCGAUAUCCAGCUAUUUCAAGUAUGUUAGCUCUACACUGUAGUUCUAAAUUUGUAGCUACGCUUUGUAUCUAAUGGUAGCAGCAGUCUCACUAUUAUCACAGAAAAGUUAUAACGUUUCAUUUAUCUGCUAUCUGAUACGCACAACCUUUGCAAUCAGUGCUACAAUCGUUACUAUCGACAUGUGACAUCUCUGUAGCAAUUUUACACUAGCGAGUUAUCCUGUUUAAUUAUUAUUCUAUUUACUAGUUAGCUAUCUAGUUUUUGCAUAAUCUACAGUACUGUAUAUAGCUCUUUUCAUCCUAUUAUCCCCCCUCCUUGUUGCGCUCCCUUUUUUCACCCUGCACAGACGUGUGCAGUGUGCUGUAUUGAUUCAGACAUCAACCAUUUACCUUUUAUUCUGUGGGGUACGAUUUUGGUUGGUUUUAAAUUUUCAUUUAUGUUCUAUUCUUUUUUUCUUUUACCAUGUAUUCCAAAUAAAGUUAUUUGUUAUUUUUAUUUUAGACCCCUUUUGUGUGGAUACUGUGCAUCAUUUGCACAUUUUUCACGCAGUGAUAGCCCUCUUUGUAUUGCGUUUCUGUUAGGUACUCUCUGCUUUCUUUUUUGUUGUCUACUGAUAUACCGCCUGAUCUUAUCAGGGGAACUUAUAUGGGGUACUUGAGAAAUCUGGCUGUUUUGAACCCUCUCCUCCUCCAAGCUAGAAGCUCUGCUCCCUCUUUAUUUGGAGGUAAUUUCACGGUAUUCUGGAAUCAAAAUGGAAUUUAUUUCAGGAGGUCAGGUCUCUGUUGGAGGAUUUAAGUGCCCAAAAAGGGGAGCUGAAUGCCCAGCUGAACGAGAGGAGGUCGCAGUUGGUUAUUCUCAAACAGCAAGUGGAGCAGGAAGAAGAUAUCCUUCAGAAAGUAGCCUCCCAAAUCAAUAAGCACAAAUCAGGUAUGUUUCCCUCUAUCUGCGUCUUCUGUCCAUUUACCGGUUACUGUCACAGCACUGCAUGGACAACUUGAACGGUGGGUUGUGCGCAGGAUUGAUCAUCAUUAUAAUAAAUAUUUUUGCACGCCUCCUUCAAGUUCUGCUUCCUGUGAGUCAUCCUCUCUGUUUCCUAAGAAACGGGUGCUAUAAGUGGUUUUUGUUUGUAUAUAUUAUUGUAAUAUCUUCAUUUCCAUUUAUCACAAGCUGUAUAAUCUUGUCAUGUUUCAGCCUUGAUCAGUUUAUAUGUUCAUAAACUGUUCUAGCCAGAUUGCUGACAAAUAUUGACAUCAAAAUAAUUUAUUAGAACUCUGGUUCACAUACACAUCUUUGUAUUUUGUGUUAAUUUACUGAUCACAUGUUUACAGACCCUUUUAACAUUAAUACAAGGUGUUUAGGAUCAUGCACCCUCUUCACUAUGCCAUAGUAGGACGUCUACACUGCUAUGUUAAUAUCUUCAAAAAUCUGUAGCUCAAAGUUCAUUUCAUUAACCGGCACGUAGAUAUUGAUGUCAUUAUGUUGAGAAAGCUGAUUGUAAGGCUUGGGUACUGACGAUAAAAGGGGGCAUCAUAUAUUUAAAUGUUACCUGUAAUGCCGAGCCACUAAAUGCUUUUUGUUUGGUUUGCAAUGAAAACGUGAAAAAAUACCAAAUAUUUUUUUUUUUAAAUUAUUAUUAUUAGAAUUGAAGCAUGUGUUGGAAAUGGUGCAGUUUGAAAACAAUGAGCUUGAAGGGCUUAAAGUACAGCACGGCCAGAAAGUUGAUGAAAUGGAGAAGAUACAGGCUGCCGUACUGGAGGUGAGAACCUCCUUUCUGAUCCUGGCUGUGCGCAGGUCAAUGCACAAAGAAUCCGGAACUGGAAAGUUGGGAGCAGAAGUUGAAAAGUUGACUUUCCAACAUCACACAUUAGAAAAACACCUUAAAGGAUAACUAUAGGGUCAGGAACACAAACAUCUAGCCCCCCUGGGCCCCUCAUGCCUCCAUAAAUAUAGUAAAAAUCUUACUGUAUUCAAGCCAGAAGCUGUAAAUCUGCAUGCUGUUAGACUCAGAAAAACAAGCAGUCUGCUGACAUGUGAUAGCCUGAUCCAAUCACAGUGCUUCCCCAUAGGAUUGACUGAGACUGACAAGGAGGCGGAUCAGGGGUAGAGCCAGCAUGAUUCAAACACAGCCCUGGCCAAUCAGCAUCUCCUCAUAGAGAUGAAUUGAAUCAGGGAAUCUGCAUGCUGAGGGAGGAGAUACUGAAUCACAGGAUGCUGUGCACAGUGCUGCCCUGUGCUCUGCUGACAGCAGAUCUGAUUGGAUGGAGGCAUAAUAUGCCUCCAUCAACUCUCGAAGUCCCUCUGGUUCACUCUGAGUGACUGCAACUGGAGGUGUUCCUAGCUUUCAAUGUAAACACUGUAUUUUCUCAGAAAAUACAGUGUUUACAUGAGAGGCUGCAGGGAGCUAUAGUUCUCACCUGAACAAUCUCAUUAAGCUGAAGUUGUUCAGGUGACUAUGGUGUCCCUUUAAUGCCAUCGUAUCUAGCCAGUGAACAAGAAGGGGCAAAAAAAACGAAUGUAUACAUUUAUGUUCAAAUACUGCUCCUCCUGAUAUUAGUGAACUUCCUUUCCCAAAGCAAACAGUGGAGAUAUGGUGUUUCAAAAUCUUUACUCUAUAUUAACAACAACAACAAAAAGUUUCUAUAUAAAGUUAAUCCUAUCGCAAAUUGAUGUAGAUUUCCAGAUUUCUUUUGCAUUAGUUUGUAAUACUGCUUGUAGACUGUGCAAGGUUCUCACCAUGUUUCCGUUGAUGGGAGAUAUUUUUAUAUUGUAGGGGAGGUGGCCAAUAAUUGGGAAUAUAAUUGUUGUAUGUAAUGACCCAGUGGCUGGUGUGGGAUGGUGUUGAGGAAACAAGAAGAAGUGAAGGGCAGAUGCUAAGAAAGUUAGAAGUUUCAGGGCGAGAGAAAUUUGUAAAAGGAGAAAAAAAAACAGAAGAAUAAUAACUGAAGAUUACAAUAUGUAAUGCAGUUAUGUAGCUACAGUUAGAACAUGUAGUGCCAGUAAAAAUACCCUUUUGGGGGGGGGGGGGAGGUCUUCCAUGCAAAUCCCUUUUGCAUAACAAGUUUUUAGAAUGAUUCAUUCGAUUAUAUCCUCACUGUAUUUCAGAAAACAUUUGUAUUCAAUUAUGACGAUUGUGCAAAAGCUGCGUCUUUUUGUACCAUCAUUCUGUUUGAUCUCAAUUCUUUUCUGAAGUACAAAUCGAGUGAGGAUCUAAUUCAAUGAAACAUUCUGGGACUUCAGGCAACUUGAAAACGCUUUAUAUGUCUGACCUUAGCUGGUAAGCUGCAGAUUACUGAUCCAUCAUCCACUCCAACCCCUGUUUGUUGAGAUAUUUGUUUGAAUACCUUAAUUCUCCAUGAACAGUCCGUGUCUGUACCCCUUAGUGCGGGUCAUAUUCUAGGUGUAACCAUGGCAGUUUUCUCUUAAAGGGAAAGCUGGAACUAGAAAACCUUCAGCGGGCAUGCCAUCGCCUGCGCAGGGAAGUGGAGUGGCAAAAACAACUGUACGAGAAGGAGCAACGAGAAAUGGAGCUUCUGAGAAACGAGAUGCAGGCUCUGCAGGAGAGCAUGGAGUCUGUGAGCCGGAAUAAGGAACAGCUGGAGAAAAACGUCCAGGAUCUGGAGAAAAAGCUAGCGCAGGCUAACCGGUAAGCCAAAGGCCUUAUGGGUAAUGGACACAUUGGAGGCAUCAGGAGAGCUGUGGGUAUCGGAGUGCCAAAAUCACAUGACAGUCACCCAGGCCUUGUUCAUGGUCAACAAGGCAUUGCCAAGGCCAAAGACCGGCAGCAAGUAGCAUUUCAGUUCCUACACUUAUUUAGGCUGGUAAAGGAUGAUGGGAGCUGUAGUUCAACAACUGGAUCACAACAUUUUGUCCACUCCUGUCCUGACACUGAAUGAAGAGUCUCCUCUUAACAAAUAUAUCUAAUAUUGUAAGUGGGACACUCCAAGCUGACAUGAAGCCACUUAAUGUUGUCCCCUGUUGGACCGCAGAGGGUAAUACAGAGGAGGCGGUUUAGAAUUGAACUGUACAUCGUAUUCAUGAGGUUCCUGAGCUAGAGACAUUUUGUGCAAUUCAUGUUUUGUUCUUUCACAUCAGAGACCUCGUCACCACUGAGGAGUGCAAUAGAACUGGGGCUUCAACCCGGGAGAAAAUGGAGGCCGACAUUCAGAACCUGCGCAGAGAUCUCGAGCAGAUGAGUAAACGGAAACAAGGCCUGAAGCAGGAAUCUGACAAGACUCAACAGUCCUUGCAAGGUGAGAUCUUCUCAGGCAGGAGGCAGCGAAAACUGUUCCCCACUCAGAAAGGAUUUAUCAAUGUAAAAAGAACCCUUACAGUUAUUAUUAAUUAGAUCCAAAUGGCAACAUUGGGGCAAAAAUGGCAGACCUGGAGAACCCAUUCCGUUUAUCCAUUCAGAUUUAAUUCACAAAAAGUUCGAGUUUAGUGAAUAACCCUGUUAAUAUUGUACUUGAUCUACACGUGGAAAAUGUAUUCUUAUAAAAUCAGUUACCAAAAUCAUUCUCUACACAAGUGUCUAAAUUGCUUAAACACAGCGUACAAGUCAAAUCACCUUUAAAUGGCAUAUGUUAUCAAUACAUUUCCCAAAUACAGAGACAAAGGAAGAACUGAACCUUCUUAAAGAUGAACUUACUGAUGCGAAAGACCAACUCAAAGUAGUUGAACAGGUAACUGAUUUCUCUGCCUUUAUUGUGGAUUUUAGUUUUUACUAAAAGAAACCGUUUUGUGUACGUGUAUACACACACACACACACACACUCUCCCUCUCCUCUCCCCCCCCCCCAACACUUUCACUGAAUGAAAGCUGUUCGGCUCUCCUAAGAUGACCUGUCAGUGCGUGUAUGCGAAACCUGCAGCCUUCUAAGAAUGAAUGAAUAAACUUUUAUAUUUGUCACAUGCAGGAGUUAAUAGAUCUCUGGUAGAUAUAUCCUCUAAAUUCAAUUAUUUUAAUUAUAUUAGUCCUUGAUCUUCUCUAUGAGCUUCCCACUGCUGAUUGGACACCUAGAUGGUGGAUAAUUUGAAUUGUGAGAAAUGUAGACGUUGGUCAUAAGCUGUUGGGCCUGUUCACUAUCUCAAAUGUAAACAUGCUUGAUGUGAAGGAAGAACAUGCUACAUAUUCUCCUGGUUACAAUGUCCUGCUUUCAUUUGACCGUGUCUGUUGAAAUACAUGAUUGAGUAACUUAGCACAAGCUCACCCUAAAGGUUCAAUAGAAAUAUGUUUUUCAAUCCACUAGUUUAAUGUAACUUCCAAGAAAUCGUGUAUUUUUCCUUUCCAGGACCUGCGAAAUACCACAAAGCAGCGAGACGACCUGUUACGAGAGCAGUCUACACUGAAACUGGAGAAUGAAGAGAGUGCAGGAAGAUACCAGCUCCUACACGAGAAGGAGAUCAGAAUGGAGCAGCAACUGAACUGCUUACAGAGGGCAACAGAGGGAAAAGAGGAGGCACUCGCCAAACAGGAAAUGGUAGCGUUCAACUUUGAUUUAUGUUUAUGUUCUUCUUCAUCUCACAUGUGAAGCAGAGUUCAGAUUACAUGGCACCAAGUAUGGAAAUGCAUUUUGACUAGAGUUGAGCGAACCCGGACUGUAAAGUUCGGGUUCGUACUGAACAUUACGUUUUUUGGACCCCGGAUCCGAACACGGACAUAUCCCUGUAUGUUCGGGUUGGAGUUCGGUGUUCGAUUUAAUGGCUGUGCAGCACCAACCCAGGAAACACCUAGUAGCAAUCUGAGGAGUGACCACCGGAGGUGUCCCUAGGCUGUGAUUUAAAAACUGCCUUUUCUCCCUGCAGGGACAUGCUAUACACACCUGAACCACUCCAUUAAGCUGUAGUUGUUCUGCUGACUAUAGUGUCCCUUUAAUAUUGGAAGAUUUCAGUUCUUGACUAAUCUACAAUUAUGAAGCUGCAGGUGGCUGCACGUUGGUCCUCACUCUCCCAGAAUGCAGCUGUCAUCACGUCUGCACUACUACCUGGGAAUACAUAUCUGUAUUUCGGUGUUUUAAACCCAAACACUGUGCAGCCAACUAGCAGGUUGAGUUUGGAUAUUGCGUUGGCAGUAAUCCUCAUUUUCUAUAGCUCAUAUUCCAUGCAGUUCAUUAUAUUUAUAGUGUUUGAUCAUGCCAGUUAUUCUGGGGGUGCUUAUCCAAGGAUUUGUACACUACAUCUAUAAACCUGACAUUUCAGUUGAUAAAGAUACUAAAGUAAUCUUUGGGUCCCGUUUAUUCUCAGCUCCUUAAGCAAAUCAUGAAAGAUGCUGAGUGUCAAGAAGACCAGCUUAGAGAGUCCACUGCUAAACUGAUGGAUCACAAGCAGACCGUGGAAUGGGAACUGGCAAACAGACAAAACAUGCUGGAGGUGCUAGCCUCCAAGGUGAAUGUUUUGGAGGAACGAGCCCUGAAACUGCAAGAGGAGGAGAAGUGGUGUCUGGCUUUAGAGGAUUCUCUCAAUAAUACCAGUAAGUCUGUUCUGCCCUGUAAUAACUGAUAGAAAAGCUGUAACUUAAAGCGGCACUGUCAUGCCGAAAUUACCUUUCUUUAAUCGAUUCCUCUUCUCUCCCUCUCUCAGGAUCUGUUAUUCAUUUCUUUCUAUCUGCGCUAGUUUUCUUUAAAAUAUAACACAAAGUAGGGACUCAGUAGGUCAAUAGGUCCCCCCACCCGCCGCUCAGGGGUGGGGGCCGUGGAGGAUGAAGAGGUUGAAUAGCCCCCACUUGAGAGGCUCGGGAGGGGUGACACUGGUUUUUUUUUGUUUGUUUUGUUUUUUUUUUUUUUUAAUAUUGAAUUUUUUUAAACCCUUUCACUGCCAUUAAGGUGCAAUACUCUGGAAGUAAUAGUGGCAAAACAAAGAAUAUUUUGCAGUCCCCGUCUUCACAUCACAUUCAUUUACUUUACUGAAAUUCAUGGCUUCAUUAAAAUAAAUACAUUUCCCAAAAUUAGUUUCUAUCAAUCAGUACCUCAAAAAGCAUUCAAAUUGUGCAAAACGACAUUAAAAAAACUGUGUUCGCAUUUAAUUCAACUUCUGGCAAAGCUCAUUAUAUCUCACUUGUUAGUGAAUAGCUCUCAUGAUUCAUUAAAGAAUUAUCAAUGAGAAAGUCUUAAUAAUGGAAAGAAAAAUUCUACUUCCAGAACAUCAGCUGACCCAGCGAGAAGAGCAAUUAUUGGAAAAAAACAAUGAAAUUAUGGCUCUGAAGAGAGAACUGGAGAUUUCUAACAGUGAUCUAAGCCGCUUGCAAGAUCAGAUGAAUUCAGAGACAAAGAGAGACGAGAAAAGAAUCACGAUGCUCAAAGAGGCCCUGAAAGGUCAGAGGUCACAGUACGAAGAAAUCAUCCAGGUACAUCCCACUAGUAAUGACCACCAGUCUCUUCCUGUCUCGUCUUGUGUCCAGGAACGUCUUACAGUGAACUCGCCACCAAAAUAAAGCUUUGUGUUCAUAAAAAAUGUAAACAGCCUGUGUUUGUUUUAGGUGUGGUAUAGUGUAAACAAACAUAUUCUUUGAGUAACAAUCACAUAGUCACACAUACAUUCUUUUAAAAUAACCUAUUUUCCAGAGACAGUACCCUGCUUGAGCCUUUAUUUCUAUGAUGAUCCAUUCCAUGUUUGAGCAUCUUGAGAAAUGUAGUCCACAAAUAUCUGGUCAUCCAUGACUUGUGUGUUACUGGACAGUCUGGAAGGUUAGAGAGAGUCGCUGCAUGCCAGCACACCUUUCAAACGGCAACCUGUGGUGUGGAAUAAUGGCUCAAUGCUGGCUCAAUUGAAAGCCUCGUUAAAGAAAACAAAAAACAAACGCAUACACAAACUUGCCCCUUCAUUGCUUUCACAUUUUUAUUGUUGACACAUGAUGAAAAACCCAGUCCAAUCUGUGUCCCAGGUGAAAUCGUUGUUACCUGCAUGUUAUUAUGCAAUGCAUUUAUUUACAGAACACACUAUCUGCCGUAUCCAUGUGAGUUCCAUUAUAUUGCUUAGUGUUUGUGUCAUUCGUGUGUUUGCAGUCAUGCUAGGGGGCCAUAACUAUGACUGUAUGUGUACAGGAGAUGUGCAAUGGCAUUGGGGCCCCCAACAGCAAACCGCACAGCAUGCUGGGGUUCCUAGCGCUUUGUGUUCUGUCACUGGUUUUCACUGCUGUCUAAUUGUAUGCAAUUAAAUUAGGAACUUAAAGAGGCAAACAGUAGCCUGCAGAAAAAACUUGUUACAGUGGAACGAGCGGCUUAUGACAACCAUGACCGAGCAAGGCGCCUGUUGAAAGAAGUCAAACUGAUGCAAGCAGAAUACACAGUUCUAAAGAAACAGGUAUAUUCUGUUAAUCAUACACCAUACUGUCAAAGCAAUACCGGAGGUCUGUGUUUAAACCAAACUACUAAAAUCAUGGGUUGCAAAAGCUAAAUCCCCAGGUAGUGGAGAACCUCAACUGCCAUGCUGAUUUGACAGCCUUGAGGCUGAUGGGAGGGAGUUGUCGUAUUAAAACAGCAGGAGAUGUAACUUUGGGCUGUCCAUCUUAAAUCUUGUUCUGCUGUUCUCUGAAACCACCUGACCUUAAUGGACAUGUUACCAGGUGUGCUUACUGUUUCCUGCUCUUGAGUAUAGAGUAAAUAGUUUGUUGGCCAACUGAGGAGCAUCAGAAGAAUCUGUUCAUUGCGGCUCUUUGGCUCUUCUUUUGAAUGUGUCCCUGUCUCUCUUGCACUCAAGCUGGUACGUGAUAAGCACGUCUCUAAUUUACAAAACAUUUUAGUAUUGUCUGAUCCCGUUAUAUUUUAGCUCCGAAGCCAAGAGGAUCUGGACCAGCGACAGCAGGACGUCAAUGAAGCUGUCAGAGUAUUAAAAGCCCAAGUGAAAAUGGAAAUCCAAAAUAGCCUUAAAGAUUUCCGUUGCACAGAGGACCAGGAGCUGUUAGAAGAUGUGGAUGCGGUUCUGGAAGAGAAGGAAAGUAUGAAGUCUCAGUUAGAGAACCUGAAGGAGAAUUUUCCCUUUACUGCCAAUCAGGACUUACGGCAGCCAUAUAAAGAGACUCUGGGAAUCUCCAAAUCACGUGUAAUAGUGAGUAUAUUCUAUAAAUUGCAGAGUCUGUACCAGCAUGUUCGGUUCCAAGUUAGAACAUUGUGCAUCCAAUGGGAGAUUAGCCGUCUGAAGAUAUCCUGGUUUAUUCAUUAAAUACCAGAUAUUUGUCCAAGUGCACGAAAUCCAUCCAGAACAACAGUUCUCAUAUUAAAGCUAAUUCUGGUUGGAAUUUGGGCAACCCAAGCGAAUCUGUAACAAUCGGCCUGAUGCAUUUUGUAUCUGGUUUCAAAAUCCGUGCUUUUCGCAUGUGAUCCCUAUACAAAGUAUUGGAUUUAGAAUAUGUACAAAGCACCAGUUUUCUAUUUUAAAAAUAAAUGGGGAAAAAAAAGACCCAGAUCGCACAGCGUGCUCUGAACAGCUCAUCUCUCAUUAGACUUGCCUGGGAAGAUUUAUUUUACUUACAGCAUGGUUUUAUUUUUUUCCGACAGGUUUUUUUUUCAUUUUGGGUCAUAUUGUUUAAUUUAAUUUUAUUGUAUUUUGAGUCCGUGCCAUUAAGUAAUGUAUACAGGCUGCAUCCCUAUGAGACAAAACCUGCCCAGUCCCAGCAGCUGCUUAUGUUUUAGUAGACCUGCCCCCACUUGCAGUACUGCAUGAGAGACAUAAAGGCAUAUUCACUCCCAUAGAUUUCAAAUCUGGACUUUGAACAUCUGGGCCUGGAUUUUAACAAGCCGGUUCCGAAUUUCAACCGUUCAGCAGCUUUCAGUCUGGCUAAUAUCCGGAUCAAAAUCAAGCUUAUUCGUAUCGUGCUCUGCAGAAUCCUGACUUUGUCACAUUAUGUUUACUUUCUGGAUUUUGCCCUGUACUGCAGCGAAUGGUUUGGCUCUUUUCGGACAUUUUGUGAAUAAACACUCUGUUAUUGGUAUAUGUUAUACUGUGAGCUCUUAUUCUCAAUCUCUGCCUGUAAUCUGGCAGCCGUACGUUUCAGCCACGAUAGAUUAUUUAGGAGGGUAUUUCGUCUUAUCACGUUUCAUUAUUCUUUUUGUUACUCCCCUUGGUGACUUUUUCUUCAUUUAUAGUGAAUUUUUAAAAAUUCAAGAGUUUAGUUUCUCAGUAAGUUAACAUUUUAUGGGUUUGCCCUAAAAUCUUCAUUUCUGAAUGACAUUGACACAGAAUGUUUUUCCUGCUUCUGUUAGGACGAUCAUUGGAGAGGAAAAGCUUUGAGAGGAAAAUUACAGCAACACGAAGAAAGACUCAAGGUAAUCUACACUCUCCUGCACUGAAUUUUUGUUUUACAUAUAGCCCCUAGAAGGGUGCAGAGAUGCCUACUGAGAGGAGACUUUUAAAUAUUAUUAAAGGGACACUAUAGUCAUCAGAACAACUACAGCUUAUUGAAUUUGUUCUGGUGAGUAGAAUUAUUCCCUUCAGGCUUUUUGCAGUAAACACAGUGCUUUCAGAGAAAACGCAGUGUUUACAUUACAGCCUAGGAAUAACUCCACUGGCCACUCCUCCGAUGGCUGCUAGAUGUGCUUCCUGGGGCAGUGCUGCACAGUGUGACUGACAUUGAGUGUCUCCACCCUCUGCAUGCACACACUGAACUUUCCUCAUAGAGAUGUAUUGAUUCAAUGAAUCUCUAUGAGAAGAUGCUGAUUGGACAGAGUUGUGUUUGACAUGUGCUGCCUCGGCCAUCUUGACAGUCUCUGCUAAUCCUAUGGGAAAGCAUUGUGAUUGGCUCACAGAAUCACUUCUGAUGAUAUCAGUUGUAAGCAGGCAGGUCAGAGGCUGAGGCAGCAGCUGCAGACUUGAGUAAGAUUUGUUACUAUAUUUAGGGUGGCAAGAGGAGUCAGGGGAGGCUAGAUGGUGUUUUUAACACUAUAGGCUCAGGAAUACAUGUUUGUGUUCCUGAGCCUAUAGUUUUCCUUUAAUAAAAACUCAUUAUAAUGAACUAAAUGCUUAUCUCGUUAUUACGAGUUUGCAGCAGCUCCAAAGCUCUAAUAUGCUGCCCCCCUCCCACCCAUCAAUUGUCAAGAUUACCUGGCCCAGCCGAACACAGAAUGUCAAUUCCUUUAAACCCAUAAUGCUCUGACACCUUUAUCUAUGCUCGAGUAUCUGCUUGGAAAAUGCCGCAAUCUAAGUAGUACAUGUUUCCACUGCACUAAUCCAGUAAGUGCUUCCGCAACGUUUACUUGGAUAAGGAAAUGUCUAGCAAAGAAGUGACACUUCAUAUUUAAAAUGCUAAAUCUGAGUGAAACGUUGCACGUUGACGUUUUCUUGGAAGUCUCCCUAUAAAUCUGAUUAAAAAUAUCCACGUUAUUUGGAAGGAAAGAGCGUUCUUGUUGCAGUGACCCACGUGCAAGUCUUUCUCUGUCACUAAGACCAUGAUUUACUUUACCGGAGGAUGUGAAAUGAUACUGGCCUGGGUCUAGGUGUGUUAUUGCUCCAUAUCAAUAAUUAUCAGGGUGAGAAUGCGUUGGUAUAUACACCCUUUGUCUUGAGUUUUGUUCUGUCGUGCCCAGUUCCCAAAAAGAGCUUUAUAUGUCUCUCUGAAUUAAGAAUUAAAACCACAAAGAACAUACUGUUGUCUGAACACUUAAAAGGUACACUAUAGACACCCAGACCACUUCAGCUCAUUGAAGUGUCCUUGUUCCCUCUAGUCCUCCAAUGUAAAUCAUUGCAAUUUUAGAGAAACUACAAUAAGUCUAAGACAGCCUCUAGUGGCACUUCCCGGGGGCUAACCGACACGGACGUUGGAAAUCCUCACAUUCUGCAUGCAGACAUCCAAUGUUAAUUAAAUCAUUUCCUAUGGGAAUGCCCUAACACGCACACACGCAAUGCCUGUCGCGCGCUAGCGACCCCCUCGUCCCCCCCCCCAAAUUACACUAUAGAAUCCCCUUAAACUAGGACCUGCCCCAGUCUAAGGUGUGUUUUUGUCUUCAUAGGCUGAACUCAAUCAUCUCAUGUCUAGACAAGCGGAUGCACUGAGUAAAGGACGACAGCAGACAGAGGGGAGCCUGCACAGUCUAAGAAGACAGGUCGAUGCUCUGGAUGAAUUGGUUGGCCAUGUGUCAGCCGAUUCUACGUUCGAUUCACACAGAUCAUGUGCUGCCAUGGCUUCUUGGCAUGAAGAUGCCCUGAACCCUCCAUGCCAGGUAAAGCCAGUGUGAGCAAAUGUUGGCACUAACAGAUACAAGGUGAUUGCCUGAAUAUCAGAAUAAUCCAGGAGGUAACUUGUUCACUCAUUUAUAACCUUUUAACUACAGAGAAGCAGUUCAAUUCAUUGCUUGUGUAAAACAGUCAAUUACUAGCGUAAUGUAAGCUAAAGAUUUCUGAUUUUACAUUAGAUUAUUUUUUUUUUGUUUCAUUUACUUAAGCAAUCUAUACUCGGAUUACAAAUUACCGAUGCCAAGAUAUCUACUCCAUUUCUAUUCAACGCCACCUUCCCACCAGGAGUUUGACCCUGAAACGUGUAGGUAAGAGCUGAAUGAUGAAACGUGAACAGUCACAAUUAGACUUUAUGGGUUUUUGCCUACAAGCGCUUUUAACCACAUUUAAUGGGGCAUUAAACCAAAGCUUGUAAAUUACAUGCUAGUUAAAUCCUUAUCCUGAUGGAUGAGCUGAAAUGCAACAAAAUUUUUUACAAAAAUUUUAUGAAAACUAUAUUUAGAAUGUAUGUUUUUGCAUCUUUUAAUUUGGGAUUUUAGUGCCACCUCGUGGAGGAUAAAUUCUUUACAAGCUACUGAAUCUCUCAUUUGACUUUUUAUUUUUUUAAAGCCGUUCAGUGGUUCUACAUUGCAAACAGUAAUGUAUCUUGUUUUCUGAAUGCAAAGCUAGUGAUAGGUUUACUGAAACUGCAGACCUCUGAAGGAAGUAACUGACCAGUGCGUACAGGUGCUGUCUUUAAUUUGGCAUUCGUUAACAGUUUAACUCCUUAAGCCAAGACAAUAUCUGGGACCUCCGCACACUAAAUUGUGAUGAAGUUGUUAUGGUGCUGAGUGUCCCUUUAAGCAGUAAUGUAAAAAGUUUCCAAUUACUUGUAAACUGAUGCGUUUCAAUGAGCUGUGCGGUCCUGCUUUGUUUGCUUGACCUUGCAGGAGCCUCCUGUGUUUGACUAAAGUUCAGUUUACAGAGCAGAAUAUGUCUAAAGCAAGUUAACAUCAGAUUGUAAAUUAAACAAUGUUUCACCCAUGCAUGCUGUGCAUGCCAUUGAAGGAGUCACUAGGGCUGCAUAAACAGAAACAAGUGAUUUUUAACUCCCAAAUGGCAGAGAAUUGACACGGAGACAGUAGGGUCAUGAUGCAUUCACCAAACCUCUGGAAUAAAAGGGAAUCAUGACAUGUCACGUCAUGUGUCCUUAAGGGGUUAAACUAACGUUUGUGAUUAGUGUCCCUUUAAGGCCAAAGUAGCUGAGCUGAAAGCAGAUCUGAAUUAGAGAACUUUUCCAGUUUUAUUAUUUUGAUCUUAAAUUUGAAUUUUUACUUUAGUGAUUAAUCCUGAUUUUAUUUUAGUUUUUUUUAAUUAUUGCAUGUGAUUUUGAAUAUUUAAAGGAAUUAUCUGCAUGAUGCUUUGCAUCCAGCAAAAUAAAAUGACUAUUCAUUAUUUGUGAUAGAGAUUGCAUUUUUCUAGUUUUCAAAUUUCAGACUUGUUUUUUAAACAUCUCAAUGGUAAUAGCAGCAGGUGUCCUACUGAAAACGCAUGUUUGUGCUUUUACCAUUGUGGAUACUUGGUUAGAUUGUAGAACAGUAUGUAGUAGUAAUGAGCACCUUUGUUGAUCUCUUUAAGGUGGGACCAGGCGUUUGGUAGAUCUGGUGAAGACGCACAGAUUGACAGCUGCUGUCACGUGAGGUCUGCCUACAUUGGUUAAAAGGAUUUUUGAUUCAAGAUACUGUGAAAUCACUAUCAAGUUUGUAAAUCGUACACUCACACUCCUUCCUACAAUGCACUGAAUCUUGUACAUAAGAAACCUUUUAUAUUUAACUUUUUAAAAAUAUUUUUUGAGUUUGUGCCAAAUAUUUUCCAUGUAUAUUUUGCUACACUUUGAUAAUAAAAUAAUUUUGGUUAUUAAA